ACACAUUUAAAUUCUUUGUCUAUAUUUGUGUAAUAUUUUUACAUAAUUAGUUUUAUUAAUUAUAGUGUGAGGGACCUGCCUGACAAACCAGACAGAAAGUCCACAGAAUUUGGUUGACAGGCCCUAUAUUUAACCUUGUAACUUUCCAAGGCACCAUAAAACCUGAACAUGGGGGGUACUGUUUUACUCGGGAGACUAUGCUGAACACAAAUAUUAGUGUUUCAAAACAGUGAAAUGUAUCACAACGAUGAUAUCGUCUGUGAAAGUGCUAUUUUUUUGCAUUUUACACACACAAACGGCACUUACACUGACAAUAUUGUUGUGAUAUAUUUUACGGUUUUGAAUUACUAAUAUUUCUGUUCAGGGAAGUCUCCAGAGUAUAACAGUGCCCCCAAUGUACAGAUUUUAUUGUGUUUUCAAAAUUUAGAGAGUCAAAUAUAAGGCUUGCAUUUAAUUUUUACAUUGAAAUUUACCAGAUUGGUUAUGUUGCAUUUGAGACUGUAUGGUUGCCCAGGAAUGAGAAUUACUCCCAUGAUGGCAUACCAUUUACAAAAGUACGCAACCCAAGGUAUUGAAAUGGGAUAUGUACAGUCUUUUGUAGUAGUCACAAACAGUGGCCAAAAUUAGCGUUAAAAUUUGUUUUUUGCAAUUUUCACACACAAACAAAUAUGAACGCCAAUUUUGGCCAGUGUUUGUGACUAAGUGGCUACUAAAAAACAAAAACAUACCCCAUUUGUAAUACCUUGGGUUGUCUACUUUGGUACUAAUUUGGUAUGAAAAGCAACAAAAUGUCGGCAAAUUUCAUGUAUAAACUGAAAAACGUAACGUGCUAUAUUUGACCCUGUAACUUUCCAAAACACCAUAAAACCUGUACAUUGGGGGGUACUGUGAGUAAAUGCUGAAUACAAAUAUGUGUACUUUAUUGCAGCAACAGCAUUAUGCUAUUCAAAGUUAAAAUAAAUGCCAUGCAGAACUAAAAAAAUAAAUCUUAAAGGGAAACUCCAGUGCCAGGAAAACAAUCCAUUUUCCUGGCACUGCAGGUCCCCUCUCCCUCCUACCUCCGGUAGCUGAAGGGGUGAAAUCCCCUUCAGGUCACUUACCUGAGACCCCACCGAUGUCCUUCGGCGGUGGUUUCUUCUCGCUGCCGCUCCUCCCAGUCAUCAUGUCGGCCAGUGGGCGAGACUGAUCCUGCCCACUGGCUGGGGAGACCUAAUGUGCAUGCGCGACAAUACCGUGCAUGCGCAUUAGAACUCCCCACACAGCGUGAGGACCUCCAGCGACGCUCUAGCACAGGUUUCCUGUGCUACAGAGCAAGAAGUGUCCUCUAGUGGCUGUCUAGUAGACAGCCACUAGAGGAGGAGUUAACCCUGCAAGGUAAAUAUUUGUUGCAGGGUUAAGGGUAGUGGGAGUUGGCACCCAGACCAUUUCAAUGGGCAGAAGUGGUCUGGGUGCCUGGAGUGUCCCUUUAAUUUCUCAUUUUUUAAAAUUUCCAUAUUACAUCAUUGAUGUGACAUUAAAGCCCUGUUUCUCCUGAACAAAAUGAUAUAUAAUAAGUGUGGGUGCACUUAAUGUGACAGCGGUGAAUUACAGUUGGACAGACACAUAGCGCACAUUCCAGGUUUUGAUCACAACAAUGGUCUCAGUCCCUCAUCUAAUUUACUAAUAAUGUACCAUUAUACCAGGAAUGGUGGGAUCAGUGUUAUGGAGGGCUGUGGGUGUCUGUCUGGCGAUGCCUGUGAUUGCUAUUGCUGUAUAGCGAGUGUCACUGUAACCUGUCACACAGCGAGCAGCAGGGAGAGAGAGAUUGUAACCGUGUCAGUCCGCUAUAUAAACAGUAAUAACAUUGUAUCGUGUGAUAUCAUCUUUUUAGUCCAAUGUAAAUAAAUAGUGUAUUAGAAGGCCCGCAUUAUUCCCGUGUUCCAGGCAGGCUCCAGGCAGUAAGCAGGUUACAGCACACCCUGCUCCCAUGGCAAGCUCCAGGAAUAUCUGGCUGUGGCAGCGGAGGACUCUGUAUCCCAUGAUGCCGUGCGAAGGCCACCCACCCCCCUCUCUCCAGCCUCGUUUUCCGGUGGGCGGUACGAGACGCUCCCCCCUCCUCCCAAGCUCGGCCAAUCAGGCGGCCGCUGCACCGGUGACGUCACGGCGCAGUCGAAGAGGGAAGAGGAAGCAGAUCGUGGAGGGGGAAAAAAAAGAAGGCGGCGGAGCGCGGGGUCACGACCUCUGACCUCUCAACUCCAACCAACCAAAACUAACCGCGACCGGCGGGACCCGAGGAGCGCAGCGAUAACCGGAGAGGAGCCGGGGCCGCCGGGAGUGUAGGGGAUGCGGCUGUGAGAAGGACCUCCUCCGGGGUGAGGUACGACAGGGGUUCCCGGGGCCAGGCCGCUCUCUGACUCUCCAGGCCCGGCGCUGACCGCACUGGAAAGUGAGCUGCCAGCGUCGGGGCCUGCACUUUAUAAGCAGCGGGAGAAUGACAGCACAGGCAGCCAAUGAGGGCCCAGUAUGCUCAGCCAAUCAGCGGAGCGGGGUCCGCGCAGGCAGGGAAUGACAGCCAAUCACAGGCCAGGGGUGUCCGCGCGGGCAGAUCGCGGUGGCCAAUCAGAACUCGUAGAAUGGCGGUCCGGGUUGCCGCACAGCGCCUGUCAGACCCAGGGUGACCUCAGGGAGGUUCCAACCCGGGCUCUGCCAGUCACAGCCUGGAAUACCUCCACCUGGCAUAGCGCCAAUGUGCCUUCCCGUCGGCGCUUUGCCUUUAUUUAUGUAAUGUGUAAGGGGCGGGACACGGGAACCAAUCAGGCAGCAGGUAACGGAGUUUGGGCGGCUCUAUAGAAUAACUGACAGGGCAGUGAGCCAAUUGGAGAGCGAGGGAGGGAUAUGUUGUUGGUAUAUUGUUUUGUUUGCAUAGCGCCAUCUAGAGGCUACUGGCAAUACUACACCUCAAGUCCAUCUAGUGGUGGCAUGUGAUAUUGCAGCUCCGAUUUGAUAAGCAUCACAAAUUCAAUAUGCGGCUAGUGGAUAUUAUUAGUUUUAAUACAAAAACUUGAUAUUACAAUUGUUUCACUCAGUAACCAUUGAUAUAUGUUAUAUACUCUUGCAAACAUGUGACUUCACAGAAUCUGUGAUAUUAUAGCACAUCAGUCUUCCAAAGUCAGCCAAUUAGUUAGCAAGGUCUGGUGGCCAAUUUGAGAAACUUGUUUUCUGUAAUGGCUGGUGGUGUGUGCACCUGAUUAACCUCUUCAUGAAGGGCAGAGUAGACAUGUGCACAAACCAUUUUCACCUGCAACAAGCAAGUCAAAUGUGUGUUAAUCCAAGACUGAAACAAUAGUUCCAUCACGAAAAUCCUAGACAGAUUAAUGUGUUUGGACAUAGAAUAAAAUAAUUUUUUUUUUUUUUUUUUGUAAAUAUAAGUUUAUUUGUGUAGAUUUGCUGUAGCAUAUACAAUCAAACAUGCAAUAGUGGAUCGGGAGACACGCAGGUCUCACUUACAGUGACAAUUAGUUAAGUAUUUAACAUUUACCCAGUAUUCCUAGAUACUUAUAGGCUUUAUUAAUCUCAUGUGUCUAUAGGUUCCCUAUCUCCUUCGUUCCCUUUCCCUUCCUCUCUCCUUUCCUUCCCCCCCUUCCCCUCCAUCCUGUAGUUCCCCUCUUCUCAUCCUUCUUCUCCUGUACCCUUUCCUUCUCUGUCUCUCUCCCUUCUCUACCUCCCCUCCCCAUCUCCUCCUCCACCUUUUCCCUGUUCCCCUUCGUUUUUGCGUUCUCUGGAGUCAUGGGGCGCUCUUUUAACUAUAGAGGUUAGGUUUAUUUCCUUCCGCUAUGGGGAUCCCUAUCUCAUGGUCCGUUUCGUUCUAUCCGGGCAUUGGCACAUUCUCUGGACAUUGGUAGCCCCCUAUUUUCUGGACUUCUAUCUGUGUCGGAUUUCGGCCGGAUGUCCGGUGUGGGCGGUUAUACUAGUGUCCUAUGUACCUUUACCUCUUGCAUUUUAUUCUUGAGCGUUGUGUGUUAUACUGUGGUUCGUUUGUGCAUCUUUAUUGUUCUGUACAUUGUGUUGGGCUUGUCUUACGGUCCUGGGUCUCCCUUCCCUUGGUCACUACUUCAGCUAAUGCAUGUUUGUCUUUACCUCCGUUUGAGGUUGCUUUCUGAGAUGGCCGACCACCAGGCAGUAUAUACCGCUUUCGUGGGUGACCAUGUCUUAGAGUGCUCGUGGUUGUCUCCGUGCGUUCCAGUCAGCACUAGAACUGUAACUAGGUGUGUUUGUUUAAUGGUUCAUUCUGAGUUUGCUUUUGUGUGCCCAGUGUGUAUUGGCAUGUAGCUGUUCCUUUAGCUGUAUUUUUACUAUGGUGUGGUGUGGCACCCACCAGGUUGUUAUGUUUCCGUGAUCCUUGUGUUAUGUUAUAGGUUAGGAUAGUUAGAGAAGAAAAGAAGAAGAAAAAAGAGGAGGAGAGAACAAAAAAAAAAAAAAAAAUGUGGGGAGGGGAAGGUGUGGAGAGCGUCCACCUGUUUGACGCAUGGGGUAACCUUCUAUGUUACAUAUGCCAGCCAAGGUCUCCAUGUCUCCGUAUGUCGUUCUUCUCUCCCCAGUAUCUCUGCUAUUUUGGCUUCCGCCAUUCGUAUGUCUUCCACCUUACUUUUCCACUGUUCUGUCGUGGGUGGUUCUUGUUUCUUCCAGUGUAGCGGUAUCAGCGAUUUAGCAGCGUUCAGCAGGUGUCUCAGAAUUGACUUCUUGUAAGAGCCAAGUGGUUGUUCCGUGUGGUGUAUAAGGGCGGCUGCCAUAGUCAGGGUUGGAGGGUCGUCUAAAAUGUUCCGAACUUCGCGUUCGAUUUUCCUCCAGUAUGGCUCAAUGACUGUGCAGUCCCACCAGAUGUGUCGCAGCGUUCCGGGGCCCGCAUUGCAUCUCCUGCAGGUGUUCGGUAUAGACGGGAUGUAUCGACUGAGGACAGAGGGUGUGCGGUACCAAUGUGUCAGUAGUUUGAAGUUUACCUCCUGGUAGUGAGAGCUGGAGGAGCUCUUGUGUUGUAGUAUCAGGAUUUUGACCCAUUGGUCAUCUGAAAACGUAUUGUCCGUCCAUUCCUCCCAUUGUCGUUUGUACAGGUUGUUGUUUGUUCUAUUACCUGUGAUUAAGGUUCGGUAUAUCGCCGAAACCCUCCCGUCCGCUUCCGGUGCUUGUGAGCAUAGUGUUUCAUACCAUGUGAGGUCCCUGUGUAUUUUAGUUCUGUGCGGCAGGUUAUGGUAGUAGUGUAGCAGCUGCGCGUAAUGGAACCGGUGCAGGAUCGUGAGCGAGUUUCCGUCUGCCAGCUCCCUAAGUGGUUUCACUCCCGUAUUGUUGAGAACCGUAUGUAUGGGUAUGUACCCGUCUGGAGUAUCGAUUGGCCACGCAGAUGCCGCGAGUCCAUCCCCCAGUUGUGGAUUAUGAGUUAUGGGGAUUAACGGGCUUGGCUUGGGUGAAAUCUGUUGUUCGUUCCUCAUUGUGGACCAUUGUUUUAACAUUUGUGUAACCGGGGAAUCCUCUCCCAAGGUUGAAUGCGCUUCCGUUUCUUUGUGCCAUAUCAGCGAGUGUAGUCGGUUGUCGGUGGUGUCUUUCCAAAGUGUCACCCACCGUUUUUGUGUUGAGGCCAUGUGUAUUUCUCUUAUCCUUUGCAUGACUGUUGCCUGGUGGUAACGUUUGAUAUCCGGAAGUGCUAGUCCUCCCCAACCUCUCGGGAGGCUGAGUUUGUCGAAGCUAAUUCGCGCCCUGUCUCCCUUCCAUAUGUAUUGAAUGAAUGCUGUUUUCAAUCUUGCGAAGAAAGUGCGUGGAAUUGUGUGUGGCGCUGUAUGAAAUAAGUAUAAAAUUCUGGGGAGGAUAUUCAUCUUGAUCACUGCUAUCCUCCCCAGCCAGGAAAUGUGGGUAUGGUUCCACCGCUCGAGGUCUCUGAGUAUGGUAGUCAGAAGGGGUGUGUGGUUGUGUGCAUAGAUGUCUUUCGAUUCCUGUGUGAUCCAUAACCCCAGAUAUUUCAUCCGUCCUUGGCACCAUUGGAAUGGGUAGUUGCUUUUCAGUUGUGCGCUUUCCCUUUCAGAUACAGUAACGUUUAAAAUUUCACAUUUCGUCAGGUUGAGUUUUAAUCCCGAGAGGCGUCCGUAGUUUUCGAAUUCAGUCAGGAGCGGAGAUAUGGAGUCUGUUGGGUUCCUGAGGAAAAAGAGCAUGUCAUCUGCAUAUGCAGCUACUUUAUGUUCGUGGGUUUUAUAGCAUAGUCCCCUUAUUCUCUCAUUUUUUCGGAUACGGUCUAAGAGUGGUUCCAAUGUUAGUGCGAAUAUGAUCGGAGAGAGCGGACAUCCCUGCCUCGUGCCGUUCUGAAUGUCGAAGCUAUUCGUAAGGGCCCCGUUGACCCGUAUUCUGGCGGACGGGCAGCUGUACAGUGCUGAAAUCCAGGUGAGUAUCUCCUGUCCCAUGCCCAACGUGCGUAGUGUCUCCAUCAUGAAGUUCCAGUUGACCCUGUCGAAGGCUUUCUCCGCGUCCGUUGAUAAUAGGAUCAGUUUUGUCUUCGUUUGUUUGGCUAGGUGUUGGAUCGCGAACAGCCUAAGAGUACAGUCUCUGGCUUCCCUUCCCGGGAUGAAACCGGUCUGGUCUGGGUGUAUCAGUCUUGUAAGAAAUGUUUGAAGCCUCAUCGCUAUCACCUUGGAAAAUAAUUUUAUGUCUGCGUUGAGGAGCGAUAUAGGGCGAUAGUUUCCCACCUGCUCUGUAUUUUUACCGGGCUUAGGGAUAACCGUAAUGGUUGCUGUCAGCGAUUCCCUACUAAAGGUGUGUCCUUCUCGUAUGCUGUUGAUCGCCUUCGUUAAAUGGGGCACAAGAAUGUUUCCGAAUUUUUUGAGGUAUUCUAUUGGGAAGCCGUCUGGUCCCGGUGCUUUUCCGGUUUUUGCCAUUUUCAGUGCUCUCUUGAUCUCCUCUUCUGAGAUCGGUGCGUCUAGUGCUUCUGCUUCCUCUUGUGUUAGGGCGUCCGGUCUGUAGGCUCCCAGGUAGUCCGUCGUGGCCAGCUUCCUCGUAUCGCGGGUCAGUUCGUCCUCGUCUUUUCGAAUACUGUAUAGUUGUUCGUAGUACCGUUGGAAUUCGGUCGCUAUCUCUUCCGGAAAUUGGGUUAUUGUUCCUCGUGUGGUGCGUAGGGCAUGUACCUGCGCUCUACCCUGUACUCCUCUCAGCAUGCGUGCUAGUAGCUUACCCCCCUUGUUGGCGUGUCUAUAGAAAAAUGAGUGGUUUCGUUGGAGGUGCCUGGCAUGUCUCUGCUCAAGCAGUUGAGAGAGUAGUCUUCUGUUUGUUGUGAGAUCCCUGUAGGUCUGGUCUUGUAGGGUGCGUUUGUGGGCCAUUUCCAGAUCUGAUAUCUUCUUCGUCAGUUCCACAAUUCGUUUUCCCAUUUCUUUUUUCUUUCGGGAGGCCAUGCGGAUUAGGUGGCCUCUGAUGACGCUUUUGUGUGCUUCCCAAAUCGUCAUGUCCGAAACCUCCCCAUUGUUGUUUUCCGUAAAGUAUUGGUUCAAAUGAUCAGUGAGUUGGGUUCUGAGUGCCAGGUCCAUCAAGAGGGAGUCGUUCAGUCUCCAAGAGGUUCUUGCCGGCCUAUAUAGGGGAGAUGACAUGGUCACCUGCGUCGCGCUGUGAUCCGACCAUGGCGUGGCAAGGAUGUCCGCUCUCUGUAGGUGUGUGAGACCCUCCUGUUGUAUGAAUAUGUAAUCGAUUCUUGAGUACCUGUUGUGGAGCGUGGAAUAGUACGUGUAGUCCCGGUCGUCUGGAUGUCUUGCUCUCCAUGUGUCCACCAAUCGUAGAUCCCGUAACGCUUUUUGUAUAGUUGUGCGCGCCGAGUAGGGCAUGCUGCUUCGCCCUGUUGACGUGUCAGUGAGGGGAUCUAGGGGCGUGUUGAGAUCACCGCCAAAGAUGAGUAUCCCUUCCGUGAACCUUGACAGCUUCAACAGUGUGCGCCUCAGGAAGCUCGCUUGUCCAGCGUUGGGUGUAUAUAUCGUGGCGAUCGUGUAUGUUUUGUUCGCUAUCUCCCCCUUGAUGAAGAGAUAUCUUCCCCCUUCAUCUAUCUUUUGGUCCGUGAGGGUGAAUUGCAGGUGUGCGGCCAGGAGGAUCGCGGUUCCCCCUUUGCGAGAGGUCUGGUGAUUGCUAUAGUAGUUUACAGGGUAGUGUUUGUCCUUAAGUAGCGUGUUUGAGACCGAUCUGAGGUGGGUUUCCUGGAGGAGUGCAAUGGAGACAUGUUGUCUCUUGAGACUUCUUAGAAGGUGAGAUCUCUUUUCGGGUGUAUUUAGCCCUCUGCAGUUCUGCGACCUUACGACCAGCUCAGCCGGUAUGUACGCCAUCUGUGGUCCUGUGUGGGCUAUUUGGUGGUUCCGGAUUCUCCUACAGCUCCUUCGUCCGUCUAUUCAGUUCUGAUUCCUUUGGUGAUGUGGGUCCAGGUGUGUCCCAGAGAGAGGCCUCUCGUUGUGGUUCUGGUGGAGAGAAGGAAGGGAAAGAAGAAGGAGAAAAAAAAAAAAAAAGGGGGGAGUAGAAGAGAGAGUAAAGAGAAGAGGAAUUGAACAGUAGUGGAAAAAAUGAACAGCUGUAGCGACUACAGCUCAGUGAGGUUCGUGUAUGUGGUGUGUGACUAUUUCUUCAGGCUAAUUUGGCGAUUAUUCGUCGUCGCCGUGUGUGGCCUUAGUUGGGUUGUGUGUAGCGUGUCAGGGCGUGGGGUAAAGUAACCGUUGCCCCAAUUUGGGGUGACUCCGUGUACCUUGGUGGGCAACCAAUGCCGUACCACCGGUUUGUGUCCCGGCAAGGCUUCGGCCUUGGCUCCCCCAAUGGGUCUGUCUACACGGAUAUGUGGUCAGGAGGUGGCCUGAUCCUGCAAUCGCAGUGACUAGAUGUUGGGUGUGUGGCUCGGUCGAAUGUGGCAGCAGAGUCAGCGUUCCCACUAUGUUGAUCUCAGCUAAGGUGUGCAUUAGUCUAGGUUAUGGUUAGCUCAUGUGAAUCCUUGUCAAUGGGUCAGAUAGUUAGGUUGUGUUGUACUUCCCCCGUGUCUGGUGGCUUACUCAUCUCUAGAGAGUCGUCCCGGGCAAGGUGCGUUUGAGUUUGCGGGAGUUGAUGCGCAACUCAGACGUUCUGUUGCCAGGUCUGAGGUGGGGUGCUCGCGCGUGGUGUAUGCAAUGAGGGUGCAAUUCUAGUUGUAGUUUCUGUUGUGGUAGCAGUGUUCUGCGUGUAUGUCCUGUCUGUCAAGGUCAUUCUGGGUGGGAGGCUCCUGGGCAGGGGGGUGUCCUGUAUCCGUACUUUAGCGAUGUUUUGGGGUUAGCUCCGUGUGUCUUUAGAACGUGUUCGUCUACCUGUCUAUUAAUGGGGUGGGUUCCCGGUCCAUUCUAGGGUGAGGCCGAUCAUGAUGUAGCCCUCUGUUCCAGCCCCUACAAUAACUUCCAUUGCCGUGACUUGUGGGCAUCUUGCCUUCCUUCCCGUUGCGUCUCCCGUCUAUCCUCACUCCCACUACCUCUUUCUGUGAGCGGUGCCGUGGAGUUAUCUAGGGUAUUGUCAUGGGUCUUGCGGGAUCGGGGGGUUGUGCCAAGGUGACUCCCUCUUAUUGUUAGUAUACAUAUAUAUAUAUAUAUAUAUAUAUUUUUUUUUUUAAUUAUUUCCCCCCCCCCCUUUUUUAUGAAAUAAAAUUAGUAUCGCCCCCCCCUGUCCCCUCCCUCUCCCCCCGAUAACUGCAGUUUGUGAUAGCGUCCCAGUCUAUCCCCCCUCUUACGUCCCUAGACUCUCUCUUCCCUUGGGAUGUGAUUCCCAUCUCCCUAGUUUUCCAGUUUCCCCUACCUCCGCAGGGGCGCCCCCCUCCCCGUACCAGCCGUCUCCCGGCAGCGGCGUCAGCUUCUUCCUCUCUCCACCACCUCGCUUGCGUAUCCCUAUUAUUAAGUCCCUUAUGCAGUCCGCUUCAAAUUUCCCCCCUUCCCCCCGUUCCCCCUCCCCCAGUUUUCAAAGUAUUCGUACUCCCAGUCUCGGUAGUUAGUCUUUGAGAUUGCAGUAGCAUAUGAAUCCUCCACCCCUGCCCUCCAUAACCUUCCCUCCCAAAGUAGAGUCGACCCAAGGUAAUGUGUCCAUAGUUGCGGGCCCUCUCAGGACGUUGUCCCCCUUGCCCCUCGCCUUGACGCUCAUGUAUAGCUACAAAAGUCUGUGAGAAUAAAAUAAUUUUCAUUAGUUUACUGCACGUGAAAAGGACUUUUGUGCAAGUUUAAAAAACUGUAAUGCAAAUUGUAUGAACCCUGUACACCUUAUUUGUCAUGAAGAAUUAGAAAACUUGCAACUGUGUAAGGUCAUACCCAGCGCAUUUUUGCCCAUGCAAGAGCAUUCCACACAUGUGUAUGUCUGGUCGACAAGCAGGGCUGAUGUGCCACUUUUCCAGCACUUUGGUCACUGCAUGUCACCAGUUAUUAAUUUUUAUCCCUAAUUGUUUAGUUAAAAUUGGCAUGUAGAAAAAAAACACCUGAAGUUACGUUCUUAAAUUGGUAAUAAAACUAGUUGUUUGAAUACUUCUGUACUUCAUGAUUUAAAGAGAUCCUCCUCAUGACUAUUACAGAUUGCCGUAGCAGCUAUCCUGAUUAGUUUUGAUGACAUCCCUCGUUUUAACCUCAAUCUAUUGAAGAAUUGUGUGAUAUAAACCAAGGUCUUCUGGUGGUGACAGGCCAAACCCAUUUCAGCCACAUUACUGAUGCAAAACGAACACUGCCACAUUAUCAAUGGCAGUUUCUUUCAUCUUGGAUGAGAAUGCUGAACUGAAAUGCAAGAGCUAUUAUCUUUAAGUUUGAUAAAAUUAUAAUGCAGAAGCAUUAUUUCUGUAUUAUAAUGUGGGUGGUCCUUUUUAUCUGGGAAGAUCCUCUGUUUAUAGCAAACUACUCUUAAACAGCAGGGUGUUUUACAGACGGAAGGAGCCAGGGAACACUAGGUAGCAUAACCACUACAGCAAAGUGUGUAAUUCAUAUGUCCGUAGAGAAUGCUAAAUAUACAUUGGUGUUUAAGAAUAAUAUUGUCUCUCCUUUUUAUUCUGAUCGUUUGCCACAACAAGUGUUUUAAUGGCAUUGUUUGUGAAUAUAGACCAUUUUUUGUGAACAUGUAGGUUAGGCAUAGAUUUCUCUUUGGACCAUACUCACAACACAUUUUCCAUUGUUCUCCUUAUUUAAUGUCUUCGAUGUCCUUAUCCUACACUUGCUUCUGUUGCUCUAAUGAUUUCUCUGUUGGUUUUAUCUGACAUGUCACAGGUUGAUGGCAGUUUCUCUGUCAGCUGUUUCUGCAUGUUCUGGAGGCAGAGACAUAUUGCAGGCCCCAAUCCUCUUUAAUGCCUCUGCCGUUUAUCAGAUUGACAGGAGGUUGCAUUGUCAUAUAGCAUCUUCAAUUGAUUGCCUGAUUAGAGCAUUUACUGCUAUUGGACUUCACAGAAACUACAGAUUUGUCAGCUUAUGGAGAACGUUUAGGAGAUCUGAUGAUCUGCCAAGAACCUCAGGGAUAUACAUGUGUGGCUUUGCUCUAUUAAUCCUUUAUUCACUUUUAACAAAAGUAUAUUUCAGGAAGUAUUACUUUAGAGAGGUUAGUGGAUGCAUGGAAUAGCAGGCCAGCUGAAGUGGUAGAGGUGAAGGAGUUUAAGCAUGCGUGGGAUAGGCAUAGGGUUAUCUUAGACUUAUGAUAAGGUCAGGGACUGCCGAGCAGACCAGACUUGCUCCUAUGAGCUCCUGCAUCUGGUUCCGAAACUGGGGGUUUAAACCCAAGCCACUUGUGUUAUUUGCUUGCGGUAACCUUUCUACUGUGGGGGCCUCAAUGUACCGACUGACACCUCACACAAGCUUCUUACACAAAAGAUCACCUAAACUGAGGCUUGCAGCCUACACAAGAUCGAGCUGUGGAGAGGCGGACUUUCUCCUAGUUCUUUGGCUUACAAUCUGACACUCAGCUGCACCCCGAUGGAAAUUGGUUCUGGGUUGCGCUCUGCCAAUGGGGGUGGGGGGGGCUAAUGUGCAUGCGCGGUAAGCGCAUUAGGCUCUCCCCAUAGGUAAGUAUUGAAUUAAUGGUUUCCUAUAGGUAUUUCUCUUACGCUGGAUGUCCUUACAGAAACAUAGAAAGUGACGGCAGAUAAGAACCAUUCGGCCCAUCUUGUCUGCUCAAUUUUCUAAAUACUUUCAUUAGUCCCUGGCCUUAUCUUAUAGUUAGGAUAGCCUUAUGCCUAUCCCACGCAUGCUUAAACUCCUUUACUGUGUUAACCUCUACCACUUCAGCUGGAUGGCUAUUCCAUGCAUCUACUACCCUCUCAGUAAAGUAAUACUUUCUGAUAUUAUUUAUAAACCGUUGUCCCUCUAAUUUAAAACCAUGUUGUUAUUGUGGUUUUUCUUCUUUUAAAUAUAGUCUCUUCCUAUAAGCAGAGUGUGAGGUUGUCCAGUGUCAGGCAAAAAGUCACCUAGCAAGCAGGAAGUGCCUCUAAUGGUUGUCAGGUACACAGCCAGGAGAGGUUGUCUUACUGCUGCAAUGUAAUAAUUGCAGUUUCUCUAAGGGCAAUAGGGACACUGUACCCAGACUGUUUCAACAGUGUCCCUUUAAAGCAAUCCUAUCUUUGUGGUUUGUGUAUUUUAAUUUUUUUUUCCAAAAUAAGUACGUGUGCCACAUCUUUGUAAAUGGGAGAAUUUGUUGGUAAUUUCUACUGCAUUCCUUGGCAUAUCUCCUCACCAUAAUACAAAACUGCAAUUAGAAUGGCAUUGGCAUGGUCUGCCACAUUCUCUAGUGCCAGAACAUAUAUUUCCCAUUGGCACCUGCUACAUAUUGUGCCUAAAGAUUGCUCAUUAUGACAGAUACUGUGAUAUUUUUGCCUCCAUAACCUUUUUUAGCAUUAUACCUAUGAUAGCUGAGUGACGUUUUUUUUUUUUGUUUUUUUGUACAAUAUAUGAAUACGAUUUAACUAAAGUAAAAUUUCAGCAGUAUGAAUAUGCCAGUCAUAUUACCUGUAAGGAUGGCUUUGGCGGCCCCUUAGGGCCUGGACUCAGACAGAGGCCUAGAGUUUCAACUCUGGCCCUAAGGAAGCACUCCCUGUGCCUGGCAGGAGUUGAAUAGAUUUCCAUGCUUGGCCCUGUGCUGCCCCCACCCUCCACCUUCCUUGGAUGCAUUGUGGUCUACAUCAAUAUAGGGUCCAAGUUACUUUUAGAGUUUUGAAAAAAAUUAAGAUAGAAUCAGCGCUAGUAAUACCACUAAGAAAAUAUAUAAUAGUGUAAAGGCAGCACACCUAAAAGGGGAAAUACCCUUCUAUCCCCUGCAAUAGAUUAGAACAUAAAAAACAAGAAAGAAAGGGCGCGCCUAUUAUGUUGUAUGUAUCACGAAGAGUACACACUUUAAAAUUAUAAUAAAAAAGACACUAAAAGAUAAGUAAUAUAAUUUAUGAAAAUGUAAAAUAUAUAGAAAAUAUUAAAAUAUUAGGAAAAAUUAUAAAAAUUACAAGUCCAAGAUAAAAAAUUCAAAAUGCACAGAGAUGAUUCUUGUAUGUGGAUAGGAGUUCUUCCCAGUGGAAACUUGAGUUUUCAGUCAGCCAUAUGUAGAUAUAUGUAUAAAGUCAUCUAAUAUACUCACAAUUUCCAGAGCUAAAAUCCAGCUCUGGUAUAAAGCGCGUGAAGUGGAUUGAUCCCCACUCAAGGAUAUAUGGAGUAAUGAAUCACCAGGAGUUCCGACCAAAAAUUAAAAAGAAUAAAACAUAUAGUGCUCACUGAAUAGCUGGAAUAUAAGUAGAGAGCAUGAAAUGUACUUACAAUAUACUGAGCAGAAAUCACUGCUCCGAUAGUAGCGUAUGGGUGGUAUAAUCCCCACCUAGGGAUUCUUUAGACACUUUUCGCCACAAUAGGCUGACUGAAAACUCAAGUUUCCCAUGGGAAGAACUCCUAUCCACAUACAAGAAUCAUCUCUGUGCGUUGUGGAUUUUUUAUCUUGGACUUGUAAUUUUUAUAAUUUUUCUUAAUAUUUUAAUAUUUUCUAUAUAUUUUACUUAUUUUAUAUUUUCAUAAAUUAUAUUACUUAUCUUUUACUGUCUUUUUUUUUUUUUUGACAAUCACGUGUUUAUUAGAAUUUUAAGUAAUGAAUACAGAACAGAACAUAGUACAAGAAGGAAAUCCCCAGCACCCAAUUAUAUGAUGGUGAAGUCUUGCGGUUGCCUCGAUGCCCGAGUGCUGCGUCCCCUGUCCCCUUCUGCUAGGACUCCCCCUCCUGUUCCCCAUCUCGUCACCUUCCACCCCACCCCCCCCUCACCCUCUCAACCGGUUUCUGUACCACGAUAUGUAAUACCAGGGCCAGUAUACGAGUAUUAGUUUGUUGCCCGUCACAUCCCCUGCUCAUUUCACUAUGGCUAGGGCUCCUAAGGUUCUUCGCCUCAAGCAUCCCUGUUCCAUGCGUCAGGGCCUGUGCCGCAAGUCCUUCCUGAUAGCAGUUUGGUGUGGGCGUUGCGUCUGGUGCCCCCACGACCACUGCCGGUGAGUUUUGUGGAGUAAUCUCCUGUCACCUCUUGGCGGGCGCCCCCCCGAGGCUGUCCCCCUCUCCAGUCCCUCCAGUGUGCUCGUGAGUCCUAAUAUUGAAUUAGAUCCAUUACAUCUCGUUGUCCCCACUCCUCCCCCUUGGCUAUGUUAUUCCACACUUCCACCUUAUCGUCCCCCCCUUGUCCCUAGUCCCUAGAGCUCUAGAACCACCUUACCCACCUUCCCGCAGCGUAUGGCUUAGGUCUCCCCUGCCCUCCCUCCCCUCCUCCCCUCCCCUCCCCAUCCGUGCCUCUACACUCCGUCCUAUGUCAGGGGUGUUAACUAGUCGUCUGUCCCUGGUUAACGUUGCUCUUGUGCUAGGCUUGCGCCCAGUGUGUCCCCAUCCCAAUCCCCCCGCUCCCCCCACUCGCAGCAAGUCCCCCCCCCGGUCACCCCCCUGCCGGUACUAUUGUCACUCGGAACCUGCGGAGGUCGUCGCCGGUCACCCCAGGGCAUCUCCCCCCCCGUGGGUCGGCAAGGUCGGCGGCACCGCGGCACCUCCUUCUCCCUCCCCCCCCGGAGCGCCCCCCCGCCUUGCUCUCUUGGUCAUGUAGUCCACCCACGGGAACCAGGUCGUUGCACAUUUGUCCGUGCGUCCCUGCAGGGAGGCAGUAAUCAUCUCAAGGUUAUAUAUAUCUUCCACCUUAUCCACCCAUUGCUGGAAGGUGGGGACUGUGCUACUUUUCCAGUGAAUUGGGAUUAGGAUUUUCGCUGCCGUUAGCAGGUGUAUGGUCAGACCCUUUUUAUAACUCCGCAGCGGUGUUUGCGUGUGAUUAAGCAACAUUUGCAGCGGCUGCAGGGGGAGGUCUGCGUCCGCUAUAUCCCUAAUUGCUUCGUGUAUCUGCUUCCAAUAUGGUGCUAUUAGCGAACACGACCACCAGAUGUGAAGUCUUGUGCCCUGUUCCAAGCCGCACCUCCAGCACUCCCCGGGGAUUGACUCGUGGACAUGACGUAAUACAUCUGGGGUUCUGUGCCAGCCCGUUAAGAUUUUGUAGUUACAUUCCUGGUAUUUGGAGCAGAUGCUCCCUUUGUGCGUCAGCAUAAAGAUUUUGUCCCACUCGCUGUCCGUGAGACUCGUUCCCGUCUCUUGUUCCCAGCGCUUGGUGAAUCCCAGGGGUUCCCGCCGCUCUGCAACUGGAGCAUGGCAUACAACGUGGACACUCCGUGCACGAGGUGUUGCCUGUCCACGCAUGCAUGCUCCAGCGGUAGCAGUGUUCUAUGGAUGUUGCCUUUUCCCGAUAGGGAGAGGUAAUACCUGUGCACUUGGUGGUAGCGGAAUUCAUCCAAUCCGGUCGGGGUGUGUUCUGGGAUUAGAUCCUGUAGUGGUUUGAGGGUUACCUCAGUACACCAUUGCCGCAGAUAGGUCCAUUCCGUCGCCGCGUAGCUCUCGAGGUCCGCCCUCUUAAGUCCUCCCGCAAGCCGCGGGUUGUUAGUUAUAGGAAUCAGCGGGUUUGGCAUCGUGGUCAAUUGCUUCACGUAUCUGGUCCUACACCACACGCGCAGUGUGGAGUCUAUCAUCGGAUUACCCGUGUGAAUGUCACCCAGAGCCGUGCCGUCCAGCCACAGCAGGGAGGGAAUCCGUCCUUGCGCUUGUUGUCGCUCCAUGUCCACCCACUGCUUGGCGGUCGGGAACACGUGCCAAUCCACCAGGCGGCAUAGAUGGGUCGCCUGGUAGUAGGUGAUCACCGAUGGGAGACCCGUGCCCCCCGCAUGCUUCGGUCGUUCCAGGACUGACCUGCCAAUACGAGCCACUCCCCGAGUCCAAACAAAGUUCCGUAUGGCGGUUGUUAAGGACUGGAAGAACGACCGCGGGAUACACGUCGGCAGCGUCUGGAACAGGUAAAGGAUUCUUGGCAUUGCGUUCAUCUUAAUGGCGUUGAUCCGCCCAAACCAGGAGAUGUACUGGGAAGUCCAUUUUUUCAUGUCCCUCUGUAGGGUCGUGAGAAGAGGCGUAAAGUUGAAUGUGUAUACGUCUUUUAAGUCGUUUGGCAGCCAUAUUCCCAGAUAUUUGAGCUUCGACUGGCAGACCCGGAAUGGAAAGUGCUUGCGAAGGUGCCUCAGCAUGGCGUCUCCUGAAGUCAGUGGCAUGGCCUCCGAUUUGUCUAGGUUGAGCGAGAGGUUCGAGACCACAGCAUACUCUCUGAACGCUUUCAACAGGUUAGGUAUUGAGAUCCGAGGCUGCUCCAGGAAAAAUAGCAUGUCGUCCGCGUAGGCCGCCACUCUAUGUUCUCCCCGGCCCACGCGGAGCCCCGUGAUACCCCCGUCCUGUCUGACCGCCUCCAGAAAUGGUUCUAGAGUGAGGGCAAACAGAAGGGGGGACAGCGGGCAUCCUUGCCUCGUACCGUUGCAGAUCGUGACUGGAUCAGAGAGUGCACCAUUGACCCUGAUUCGCGCCGAUGGUCUCGCGUAUAAGGCCUCCACCCAAGUGCGGAGGUGCUGCCCAAAUCCCAUAUGCCUUAGUGUCUCCAAGAGGAACGUCCAGUCCAUGAGGUCAAACGCCUUCUCAGCGUCUGUAGAUAAGAGCACCAGCUCCCGCCUGUUGGUCCUCGCCACGUGUAUGACGUUUAGGGCUCGGAUCGUAUUGUCCCGGGCUUCCCUACCCGGAAUAAAUCCGACCUGGUCGGAGUGUAUGAGGUCAGCGCCACCCGAGCCACUCGCAGUGCCAGAGCCUUGGCGAAGACCUUCAGGUCCGCGUUUAAUAGCGAGAUGGGCCUGUAGCUCGCGCAGUUCGUGGGGUCCUUGCCCUCUUUUGGGAUGAGCGCUACCGUUGCCCUUAACGUGUCCGCCUGGAACCGGCCUCCCGUGUGCAGUGAAUUGCACCCCUCCAGGAGUCUCGGCAAUAGGACCUCCCUGAACUCGCGGAGGUAUCUCACCGGCAGGCCAUCCGGGCCCGGGGCCCAGUUGGGCUGGGCUGCUUUCAGUGCUCCCGCAAGCUCCUCCAGUGUCAUAGGUUGAUCGAGCUCAGCUUCCUGCUCCGGGGUUAUCUUGCGGGCCACGUGUCUGCCCAGGUAAGCGGCGACCUGCACCCCAUGCCGCCUUCUCUGGGAUUCGGACCGGGUGCCAGCUAAAUCGUACAAUGCCUCGUAAUAUUUUUGAAAUGCUCGCAGGAUGCCAUCCGGGAGGUGAGUGACUGUUUGCCCCUGCGUGCGAAUCUUGUGUAUAUGCUGCGCCCUCCUCUUAUCCUGGAGCAUUUUUGCGAGUAGCCUGCCGCACUUGUUGGAAUGCUCGUAAAAGAACCUUGCCGCCUUACGCGCAGUAUGUAGCAUGCCCUGGGUUAGUAUGGUGCGGAGCUCUCGCCGUGUCUCCGUCAAGAGGCAAUAGGUCUCGUCAUCUAACAUGCGUUUAUGUGCCUGUUCCAGCUCCGCCACCCGUCCCGCCAGCCGAACCAGUCGAGCUGUGCGUUCCUUUUUGCGCUUCGUGCUGAUCGCUAUGAGGCGUCCCCGGAUGACACACUUGUGCGCCUCCCAGAGCGUCAGUGGGGCUAUCUCUGGCGAGCUAUUAAUGGUAAAGUAGUCCGUCAGUGCUUGUGACACCUCUGCCACCAGGAGGGGAUCGUCCAACAGGGUCUCAUUUAACCGCCACUGCCUUUCCGUGGGUUUGAAAAGGGGGGCACUCGUAUGUACUAUCAUGGGCGCGUGGUCUGACUGUUCCAUGCUCCCUAUCUCCGACCCCUGCAGCACUGCCAAAUACUCUUGCGCCAGGAAUACGUAAUCUAUGCGGCUAUAGUGGGCGUGGACCGCCGAGUAGUAAGUGUAAUCCCUAUCCUCGGGAUGGUUCGCCCUCCAGCAGUCCACUAGGCCCAGUUUGUGCAGUGAGCGCAGAGUCGCCCGCAGGCAGUGUGUGGGGAUCGUGCUAACACCUCUGGACGUAUCCCUACGAGGGUCCAACGGGAGGUUGAAGUCACCUGCCACCACCAGCAGCCCCUCUCGAAAUCUCCCCAACUUGGCCAGCGUCUGCCCGAUGAACGUAUGUUGCCGUCUGUUGGGGCAAUAUAAGCACGCAAAGGUGUAUGUGGUGUCCGCUAUAUUGCCCUUGAUAAACAGGUACCGUCCCUGGGGAUCCGCCUGUAGGCCCGUGCAGUGAAACUGUGUCGUACUCGUGAACAAUAUCGCCACUCCCGCCUUUUUGGCCUCCGGAUGGUUGGCAUAAAACCCGAUGGAAUAUCGUUUAUCUCCCAGCUUCGGGGCGUCCCCUUGACGAAAAUGCAUCUCCUGCAGGAACACCACGGACGCUCUCGCGGCCCACAGCCGCCGCAUAAGCGAGGAGCGCUUCUCCGGGAUGUUGAGGCCUCUAACGUUGAGGGACCAGAAUGUUAGUCCAGCUGGUGUGAAUCCCGUGCCGCCCCGCCGUGCCCCGGAGGGGGGAUCCGCACUUGCCAUAACCCCGGUGCGACCCACAGGGGGGAGACCGCGAGGGAAGCAGCAACGCGGGGCGAGAAGAAAGGGAAAAGAAAGAAAGAAGAAGAAAAAAGAAGGGGAAAAAAAAAAGGGGGGGGGAAGGAAGGGGAGUCGGGAAAGUACUUAUUAAGGAUGUGACUGUAACCCUGUACCGGAUUUCGUCGGUCAGUUGUGGAACGUCCCCUCCGUCUCCAAAUGCCCCGGUAUUAUGUACAGUAUGAGUCUGUCACAGUGAGGUUCUACCGUGUCUCCGUCUAUAUGGAGCGGUCUCAGUCGUCUAUGUCGUGCCUACCCUCUCCUCCCGUGGCUCCCAACCUGUCAGAAUAGCUAUACUCCCGUGUUUGCCCUGGGGGCAGCCCGCCAUCACGUCGGCAACCGCCCUGUUCUCUAGAAGCCCACGGGCCCCUCCGGCCAGCAAAGGCCAGCCCAGUUGCCCUGUCAUCCACCUCCAGGCUACCUACUCCUCCCAUCUCGACCCUCUGGUGCUUCCGCAGCCAACCGUGCUCGCCUCCUGAUCCCCGAUCCCAUCUGCUCCCUCAGUGCCUCUACCCUACCCUGGGCGAGCCAGAAAUACAGGUGUCUUACCCCCAGCCACCCUUCCACCACCCCAGGCCAUGUCCCACCUGCCCCCCCCUGCUGCCGCCCCGUCUGGGCUUUUUCCAUGAAAGUACCCCCCCUUACCGCAGGAAUUCCUGCGCAACUCAUCAGGCGCUUCAGCAAUCCUAGCUCUACCCGCUCUCCUACCGUGGGCCAGGUUAAGGCUUGACCCCGACCAGCUAGCUUCCGCUCCUCCCCCCUCUCGACCACUCUCAAACUUCCUCUAUCUCCGUGCUUCCUCCGUCCGCCGGUUCUAACGGUGUACCCGUUGGGGGUGAAAAAAAACAAGCACGCCUGCGGCACUCGAACUAUGUACACUCCAAGCAACCACCCACAGCUCCCCUCCCGCUGCCCCUAGUGCGCCAUGUGGAUGUUGAGACAAUCCCCCAUACUCCUGGGCAUACAGUAACUGCACACACCCCCGAAGACCCCCCAGGUCAGGUCCAGCAGUCUCUCCCCGAUUCCCAAUGGACGCCAAUGUGCAUCCCGUGGCCCGUUCCUCCCUCCCCACCUCUCUUUCUCCCCCGUCCAGCCCCCCCUCUAGUGAGCCACCAUCACUCCCGUGGGCCUAUCUCAAACCCCCCCAUACCCCCCACCCAACCUGCUGGAGCCCCGGGGGUACCUGCCCUCCAUAUAUCGUCCACCCUGCCGUGUCUCUGCUCAGCUCCGUUGCGGCUGGGGCCCGGGGAGUCCGGGUCCCUGCCGGCCAGGGCAGCGUUCCGUCGUCUAUUCCUCCGGCCCCGCUGGGCCACCCCUGCGUUGCUGCGCUCCAGGCGUUGGGUGGAAAUUAUGGGCCACCUCACCGGUCCUGUCGCUCGCGCCGGUGGUCCCUCCAGAAUCCAGUUCGGGAUCCGCACCUCCUGUAAGCUAGCCGCCACUAGAAAACGCGGCACCUCAUUCGGCCAUCGGAUGCUGUGCCACGUGGCUCCGAUCCGCGCCUGCAGACUAAAGGGGAACCCCCACCGGUAGGGAAUCCUCCGCUCCUGCAGCAAGCGGGUAAGUGGUCUCAAAGCUCUCCGGGUGUCUAGAGUGAUCGGUGAGAGGUCCUGGUACAGCGAGACCUCAGCGUCCAUGUAUAGGAUCCGUGGCUGUGCCCUGGCCGCUUGCAUGAUGGCCUCCUUAAGCUGGAACGAGGCCAGGGCGCAGACCACGUCCCUUGGUAGGCCAUCCCUCCUGGGUGCUAUCAAGGCCCUGUGGGCUCUCUCUAUGCCAAAAUCCUCCGGGGCAUUCUCCCCCAGCAGCUGCGUGAAGAGGCCUGUGAGUAGCUCUUGCGGCACCUCUCCCUCUGCUUCCGGCAGGCCCCGGAUUCUGAUAUUAUGUCGCCGUCCUCAGUUGUCUAACAGGAUAUUCCCCUGCCGGGUAGUAGCCAGGUCUGUAGCCUGCUGGCGCUGGUCGGCUUGCAGGUGGCCGGUCUCAAGCCCAUCUACACGCUGCUCCAGGGCAUUGAGGUCAGUCCGCAGCACCGCCACCUCCUCCCUGAUGAUGGCGCGCAAUUCGGACACCAUGUCCGCCUUGUCUGCGCGCGUUAACAUGCUGGCUGUGAUUCGGGUGACGUCUGCCACCAGUUGAUGCAGGGUACCCGCCAUCGGGGAGCCUCUACCUGAGGUAGUGGCGCUUGAUCCAGGGGAUGCGGGGCCCGGUGUGUCAGAAUCCCCGCCAUCACGGAGGCCUCGUGGCGUCGCCAAAAACCCGUCCAUCGGGCCAGGCGGGUAUCGGGUCCCCGUCGGGCCGGAGUGGUCCUGGGAUGCUGCUCUUUUAGUCUUCCCCAUUGUGGAAUGAAAUAUCGCUGGAUUCAAGCUGUAACACCAGGCUUGACAGGCUGGGGCCUAGGAGCUCUGAUGGAGUGCGACUUACUCCAUUGACGGUCAGGCCACGCCCCCCCUUACUGUCUUUUUUAUUAUAAUUUUAAAGUGUGUACACUUCGUGAUACAUACAACAUAAUAGGCGCGCCCUUUCUUUCUUGUUUUUAUGUUCUACUUUUAGAGUUUUGUCUCGGCUCCUUGGCAAUUCUCUAUCACUCAGACUUCUGCAGACAGUGCUCAGAGUCAUUGAAACAGCUCUGGACAGUGAAGGAGUGGUCUGCACUCGAUAUUGGUACAGACCCACAACGCUUCUUCACCAGACCAUUAGAGAUCCUGCAUACUCUCCACCAGACCACAGAAAACGUAAGCAGGUGGUGGGCAUAACACACACAACACUCAUCCUCACUCAGGCACUCAGACUCCCUUACACACACAUCUCACCGAGACAACUCCAAACACAGAAUUCAGCCACCACACACAAUAUUCAACUUGCACACUCUGCCUCCUAUUGCUAUUCUAUGGGACCUGGAUAGCCGCAACUCAGGAUUGUUCCAAGUUACAUUUUCUGAAUGAUUGUGUACUUACUUCAGUAGAAUUUGCUUGAGUGUGCCAGUAAUCAGCUUCUCUUAUGGUUGAGAAGUCACUGCUGCUUUCUUGCCUGUAAUUAGUUUUCUUCCAAACUUGUCUAAAACAUUUCUUAGGUUUUAACAAAGGAGUCAGGCUGAAAAGGACAUUUAAAGUCCUGCUCAUUACGUAGAUGUUCAUUUCUUACUGUUACUGAUCUGACAGAUGCCCUACAUUUUAAGACUCAUUUCCCUUCAUUAAAACAUUGAGAACUAUGUUCUGAAACAGAUUGCACAGUUUGCCACGAGAAGAGUUUUUUUUUAAAAAUUGGUUUUCUUUUUCCAUCCUGCAUGUAGUUAAUUAAGCAGAAACCCCUAAUGGUGUAUAUAACUAGAAUAAUGAGCAAAGAUCCUGUGUGUAUAUGUCUGAGGUGAUAACGUUAUACAAAACGGGUCUGAAAAACAUGUGGCAACUGAGUUUUUUUUGGUUGUUAAUUUAAAUAGACACUCUAAACACCAUAACCACUACUGUGUGCAUUUUUGAACAGUUUGAAACUGGCCUGGAUCUCAUGAGUGCCAGCAGUUCUUUCAAUCUUCUGCUACAUCAUUCAUUGGCUGAGAAAAUCAGCUGACACUCUUGUCCGAUGAAUUAUGUCUUAAUAGGUACACUGUAGAUAUUGCUAAAGAGUAGUGGAGGAACUUUAACAAUAUCAAGAACAUUGAAAAGACUGCUAGUAUCUGAGGGAUACAGGUAAGUAUCAACCCAUUUAAAAAUUACUUUGACUGCUUACAGUGUAAUGGUGGCAGGGGACUUCCUGCAUCAUAGCCGCUGCGGCCUUCUUCAGUGCAUAGACUGUCCAUUUAAUACUCUUAAACAUAAGUCCAACUUGUACGUACCAUAACUGGUAUUAAAAUGACUAUACACUGUGACGUGGCAUUUCUGUCAUUUGCUGACAGGUUCAGGAAUCUUUAGUGAUGACCAGCUCCUCACAGCGCAUCCAAAUUAUUUCCACUGACUCUGCUGUAUCAUCUCCGCAGCGCAUUCAAGUAAGUGCAUAAAACCCAUUCGACCAAUGAUUUUAUCCGCUCGCUAAGAGAUCCACUCCCUUCAUAAAAUGGACACAUAAUCAGAUGCUUGAAAAAGAAACACACAGUAGACUAAGUGAAAUAAAAAGAUAAAAAUAUUUAGCUUGAUUGCGUGUGCCAUGUUUUCUUAUAUGUAAAUGUGCACAUACCAGAAGAUACAAAACAAGCCUCAGUGAGUGAUCAUCUAAGACCAUUUUCAGCAGGUUCUUCCCCAGGCCUCCCAACCAUCCUCAUUAGUGGCACAAUCCCAAUUGUAGGGCCCGUUCCAAGUUUGAAUUGUCCCUAAAAAGUGUAGAGUAAGCACAUCAUAAGAUGCUCUUCUGCUACGCUAUGGGCACUAGGUCCAUGCAGAAAGCACUGAAAUGUUGCUCCCUGCAUAGUCUGCCCUCUGUGAGCUGGCCUGUAUGAUUAGCAGUGAGCCUGGAGUGCUUUCACUCCAGGCUGAACUGUCAGUUCUAUGGGGAUUACUUAAAUGCUUGCUCUACUUGUCUUAAAGUAUACCUGUCACACAUUGUAAAGGGACAUCUUUAGCUUAAUGAAGCAGUUUUGGUGUAUAGAUAAUGCCUCUGCAGUCUCACUACUCAUUUCUCUGCCAUUUAGGAGUUAAAUCCCUUUUAUUUCAGUUUAUGCAGCCACACAUGCUCUGGCAGUCACUCCUACAACCAACAUAAAAAAGGUCUCCCUUUUCACUUAUCACACCUUUCUCAGAUUGUGACCGAUCAGCAGACUGGUCAGAAGAUUCAGAUCGUGACCACCGUAGAUUCCUCUGUGUCAUCCAAGCAGCAGUUUAUCUUGACCAGUCCAGAUGGGUCCGGAGCAGGCAAGGUGAUCCUUGCAACCCCUGAAUCCCCCAAUGCAAAGCAGCUUUUCUUUACCACAGAAAACAUUGUGCCUGGGAGAAUACAGGUCAGUCACAUUCUUGUUACUCAUGUUUGCUAAAAUAAAGACUAAUAUGAUAAAUAUAUCUUUUAAUUUAAACUCCUGUUUACUUUAUUCUCUAAGCCAAGAUAAUAUUGAUUAAAUCAGCUUACUUACAUUUUACCUUUGGAGCACAAGCAAUAAAUUAGCUAGAAUAGGGAUCUAUUGUUUUAAUGUUAUGUUGGAAUAUCGUACAUUUAUGCCAGGAAAAAAAGGGGAAUUGGGGGCAGCAGUGGUGAUACUGUAAAGAUCAACAUUUAUACAAAAUACAGAUUAAGGAACAGUGCACAUACAUAAAAUCCAGGUUUAAUCGGCUACUUGAAAUCCCUUGUCUUGACAAACCAAUAUGGAGAUUCAGUUCCAGCAUUGGCCAUAUUGGGUUAAGCCCACCACUACAUCAUUGUGUUCUACAUGUAUACCAGGCUAUCCAGACAUAAAAUAGGCCAUGGAUACUCUGGAAUGUAACUUAAUUUGCUGGUAACAUUUAAAAAAAAUAAAAAAUUAAUUUAAAGCAUCACUAAUACAUUAUGUAGCGUUAACACUAGGGACACUGUAGACACCCAGACCACUUCAGCCCAUUGAAGUGAUCUGGGUGCAAACUCGCAUCACCCUUAAAGGGACACUCCAGUGCCAGGAAAACAAACAGUUUUCAUGGCACUGCAGGUCCCCUCUCCCUCCCAGCCCCCAUCCCAGGUUGCUGAAGGGGUUAAAACCCCUUCAGUGACUUACCUUUAUCCAGCGCCGAUGUUCCUCGGCGCUGGGUCAGGGUCCGCCCACGCUUCUACUCCGCCGACGUCAUCCGGCGGGGGAGACCUAUUGCGCAUGCGCGGCCAGCAGCGGGGGAGACCUAAUGCACAUGCGCGGCAAUUCCGCGCACGCGCAUUAGACCUCUCCAUAGGAAAGCAUUGAAAGAUGCUUUCAAUGCUUUCCUAUGGGGAUUUUAGCGACGCUGGAGGUCCUCACAUAGCGUGAGGACAUCCAGCGACGCUAUAGCACACUGUGCUAUAAACCAGGAAGUGCCCUCUAGUGGCUGACUAGUAGUGACUAGAGUUAACCCUGCAAAGUAAAUGUUGCAGUUUAUGAAAACUGCAAUAAUUACACUUGCAGGGUUAAGGGUAGUGGGAGUUGGCACCCAGACCACUCCAAUGGGCGGAAGUGGUCUAGGUGCCUGGAGUGUCCCUUUAACCCUGCAAGUGUAAUUAUUGUCUACCAGACAGCCAGUAGAGGGACUUCCGGCUUCUUAGACGACUUUUUGGUUGUCUGAACGACGCUGGACAUCCUCACGAUAUGCAUGAGGACCUCCAACGUCGCUGGGUCCCCAUAGAAAAGCAUCGAAUAAUGCUUUCCUAUGGACAGGUUUAAUGCGGGCGCGCAUGUGCAUUAGAACGGGGGAGGAGUGUGUACAGAGCCUGAUCCAGCGCUGAGGGACAUCGGCGCUGGAUUCAGGUAUAUUUCUGAAGAGGUUUUAACCUCUUCAGUGAUGCGGAGUGGGGGCACUCCAGGAUUCUGCAGUGCCAGGAAAACUGAUUUGUUUUCCUGGCACUGGAGAAUCCCUUUAAUGAAAACCUCCUCUGUGGAAGUUUCCUUUUGCGUGUGCUUUUGUGGCCGUAAAGCCAUUGUUCUAGGGAUAGUUUCCUUUAUAGCUGAUUAACUUCUUGGAUCAAUCCUUGUUCAAAGCAGCAUGAUGUUUGUGUUGAUGGAACCCUCAGUGGUAAGAAUGGAGAUUUUUUUUUUUUUGUCACAAAAGUAGCAUCUUUGUUAGUGAUUUUAAGUGCUUUCCCUUUAAUCCCUUAAGGACACAUGACAUGUGUGACAUGUCAUGAUUGCAUUUUAUUCCAGAAGUUUGGUCCUUAAGGGGUUAAACAUUGCGUGCUUGUAACUUGUGUUGACAUUUGCAGGUUGUAUGACAUGGCAAUAAUUUAUGCAGGCACAUAUUUACUAAUAUAGGUCGCAGGAGCAGCAGGGUAAUUAAUGGCAGUAUGUUACAAUCAUGUUCUCUGUCAGAUUGUAACAGAUGCAGCCUCUGUGGAGAGACUCCUGGGAAAAGCAGAAGUGCAGCGUCCGCAAAUCAUAGAAUAUUGUGUCGUUUGUGGUGACAAAGCUUCUGGUAUGUUUCUUUGGAAUUCCUAACAAUGCAGGUUUGAAUUAAACCUAACAAUGUGGUAUUUAUUCACUAGACCAUUAAUUGUAGAAAAUUGAUAAGGGAAUUGUAACUUCUAUGGCAACAUAGCCAUGUUAGAAAAAUUGCUGUUUGCAAAUGUCUCCAAUUUGUCUGUUUUAGCCUAAAAUUUGCAAUUCCAAUGUCAGUCCUACACGAUUUCAGUUUAUAAAUAUAUGGUGCCAUUAAAGUGUGCAUGGCAUGCAAAUAAGACAUGGUGGCAUAUUUUGGUUAUGCUAUUUUUAUCUCUAAUUUGUCUUUUGACGAACUGCCAGCAAAUGCUUUAUAUAAAAGUAGGUUUACCCCAUCCAUGGUUUCAUUACAAAAGCAUUAUCAAUCAGUUCAUCUGAGAACUUUAAAGGGACACUAUAGUCAUCCAGACCACUUCAGCUCAAUGAAGUGGUCUGGGUGCCAGGUCCCCCAGGUUUUAACCCUUCAGAUGUAAACAUGUUUACAUUGCAGGGUUAAUCCAACCUCUACUGGCUGUCUUCCUGACAGCCGCUAGAGGUGCUUCGUGCAGAACGUCCAUAGGAAAGCAUUGAGAAAUGCUUUUCUGUUGACUGUUUGAAUGUGCGCGGCUCUUGACGCGCAUGCGCAUUCCGCUCCACUCGAGAGUUGACAUUGGGAGGAGAGGGAGCCUGGCGCUGGAUUAAAGUAAGUAGCUGAAGGGGAUUUAACCCCUUCAGCACCAAGGGAGGGGGACCCUGAGUGUGGGGUUUGUUUUCCUGACACUAUAGUGAUUAAGGUAAGUAGCUGAAGGAGAUUUAACCCCUUCAGCGCCAAGGGAGGGGGACCCUGAGUGUGGGGUUUGUUUUCCUGACACUAUAGUGAUCCUUUAAAUGUAAGAUUCCAUUUCACUAUACAUUUACUUGUGGUGGAUGUUUCAUUUUUAAGCCAAGAUGGGUAAAACACAGUUUUCAGGUACAUUAAAACUCACUGUUUAGUAAAUCUGACCAGAAAUAUACUAGAUAACUUUUCAGUCCCAAACCUGCAGAUAUAUUUAUUAUGAAUGCUCAUUCCUAAAUAGACAAGUAUAUGAAAAAUGGCUUGAAUCCUGCCAAAUAGUUAGUUAUUUAAAAUUGUUUUUACAUUGACAUACUUUAAGUGUGGCCAUGGUUUUCUACCAGUAUUUUUAACCAGUUGAUCAAUAAAAACAUUAAGUCUGACACAUGUGCUACUUGGACUUUUAAACUCACUGCCCACUCUGGUUGAAAAAGAUGCUGCCAGUGCCAAACUUUUUAAUCCAGACACCAUGGCAUACUUUUAGUAAUCUUUGAGCAAAACUGGAAAUUUUAGACUAAAACAUCCAUAAACAUGAAAUUCUCCCACUUCUCUAGUGACUUCUUGGGGAGCGGGGGCUGACAGUGCUUUCUAAGAGCUCCGUCACUAACGAGCAAAAAUAAGCCUCUUCUGACCAAACCAGCAUCGAACGCAGCUCCGAGUGCCCAAAGGACAGAGCAGAAACAAGCAGGGACCACGGGGAUACCCAUUUCGAGCUGUUACGUCACGAGAAUGCUCUGUCCGGCCAUGCGGUCUAGUUCUGAGCGGGACCUGGUGUCUGCGGGAGGCAGCCGAGCCCCCGGCACAGGACACACACUCGCAUUAGAGAGCCUACAGCAGCCCUGCUGCCCCCCACCCCUUUGGGGUUAUCCCGGUCCCCGCUGGGGAUACUUACUUCAGCAUCGCAGCAUAAACCCCUGCAGCCACGGAAUGUCCCUGAGAUGGCAACCACAGCAACACCCAUUCAAUCCUGGGAGAGCAUUGCAAGGAAACACAUCCUACCCAUCGUCCAUAUACCCAGAGGGGCUUUCAGGAGACAGAGCUCCCGAGGGCCCACUGUCCUACCACACAUAGCAGGGGGACCCAUGAACACAGGGAGGAGACUCCCAUCUCAACCUGGGCUGGAGGACCUGUGCUGUCGUAGCACUACCACUAUGGACUUACUCGACAUCAGCUGAAAUACUGUUCCCUGUGGAGUCCUGAGGUGGCAGGAGGCUGCCUAGCAUUCAACAUGGAGAACUCUCUAUCAUGGCCUGCAUGGGGUGCUGGCUGAAUGGUGACAGGAGAUGCUGCUUGCCAUUCAAGCAAUGCAAAGUGAUGCUCCAUUCAAUAACUUAAGUUUAUCUUAUCAAUAUCCAGCGGUGUGUGUGUGUGUAUAUGUGUUUAUCAAUGUAUUUAAAAAAAAUAAAUAUAUAUAUAUAUAUAUAUAUAUAUAUAUAUAUAUAUAUAUAUAUAUAUAUAUAUAUAUUUUCUUAUUGCUUCUUGCACUCACACUUGUUAGCCUUUAACUUAUUCAAAAUGCCAGGUGCAUUCUAGCCAUUGCCAAAAAAUAUUAUACAGUUAAUGAAGGCUUGCACUCACGGUCUUUUUCAUAAAAAUUUUCUUUUACUUCAUCCCAUUAAAAUAUGAUCGAUGUUUCAGCCAUCUUCUGUGGCUUUCAUCAGGAUCAAAACUGCUAUAAUAUAUACACACACAGUGGGACCUCGGUUUACAUUUUGUUUUCGCAAUACAAAGCAAGUUUCCCCAGGAUGCAUUGCACUUGGGAGGCUUAUAGCACCUCCCACUGCAUGCUGGAGCCUGUGGGUAGCACGUGGCAUCGAAUGUGGAGGUGUUGGAGCGGCUUUUGCAUUGAGUUUUGGAGCCAUUCUGGAAUUUGUUUGCAGUUGUUUUGGGACUUUUUCAUGCAUUUCUUUAGCUGUGGAAAGGUAGGGAGCUGAGCUUCAUCGUUUGCAUGCCUUUUAUUGUGUGUUCUGCAUUGUGGGUUUGUUUCCAUGCUAGCUCAUUGACUUUUUUCUGACCUGCAGAACAGAUUAAUUGGCUUUCAAUGCAUUCCUAUGGGAAACCGCGUUUUGAUUUACAAAUUUUUCGCAAUAAGAAACGUCCCGGAGAACGCAUUAAAUUCGUAAACCGAGGUCCCACUGUAUAUAUAUUAUAGUUUGUCUAGCAUGUUAAUUACUUUUGUUUAAAAACAAGCCUCAUGGUUAGCUAUGGGACUUGCCUAUACUCAUGGUUAGCUAGUAUAGCACUCUGUUAAUCACAUAGCGAUUUAAAUACUGACUACUAGCUAGACAUACCCGACUAGCCUUGUUUUUCACUAACCCUUAUGUAAUAGUACUAAGUUUAAUCUUGACACCUAGCCUGUAUACUGCAACAUGUACUAAAUUUCAUUAUCGCAUGCACACAGCCGUAUAACUUUAUGCCAAGUCGUUACGCUCAACCUGCGCAGUGACCAUAAUGUAUUUCCUUUACUCGGAUAUCUCUAAACCAUGCACCUUUUCUCGUGUAUACUGUCUAACCAUUGCCACCACCCUGCACAAUAAAAAUAAAUAAUUUAAAAAAAAAAAAAAAAAACUUAGGGGGCGGAGCCUGCUUGCAGACCUGACCAGGUGCCAUUCCCUUAAGCUCCUCCAGGCACGCUUAGAAUCAACUCAAUAUAGGCUAACCCUGGGCCAAUCCAUCAUCAUAAUCAGCAUAACCAGAAUCUGCUGCAUCGAUUGAUGCCAUUUUUCUAGCCCCAAAAACAGCCUUAACAGCGACGCAGAUUUCGGGCCUACCACUCCCUCCCCAUCCCCGGCCUCGAGGCACUCCUUAGCGGAGACUCUGCAAAUCACCCAAGAGCUGCUUCACCAUCUACAUCGCCCUGCAUGCCGGCUAUGGGUCGCAGAUUGCAAAAACCCACCUCUAGGACGGACAGCAGAGAUAUUGGGGCAAUGCUGCAAAGGCCUGUACAGCCCAGAUAAACACCAGUGGGAGACCGGCGGGAGAUAGACCCCAAACCGGACAAUUGGGAACCUGAGGUAACACUUCACCCUCAGGCAAUACUUACCAUACCUGAAGACUCCUCAGAUGAUUCAGCCCCAACCACAAAACGAGACCUGAAGGUUCUCCUGGCUGACAUCCACAAGCUACUGGCAGCGGACUCAGCCAUACUCAAAACAGAGCUGCAAGCAGUUACCGAAAGAGUAAGAGUCACGAAGGAAGAUAUUGUGGACACUCAAACUAACAUGAUAGCAGUGCAAGACUCAGUACACCAACUCCAAACAAACCAGAGAAUCCUGUCUGCUAAGAUCACGGCCAUAGAAGACCGACAACACCGCACACAUAUUAAAAUCAGGGAAGUCCCUGCUGUUGUGUCUGGAGGACACUUUACUGUCUCCCAUAGUGGCACAGAAAUUGACUGUAGAUGGACUCUACCGCAUUCCCAGUACAGACCACACCAAACCAAACUUGAAUCGGGAUGUCAUUCCUCACAGUCCAUGAUAAAAUCCUAAUAAUAAGAGCACUAAAAGCCAAAACGCCUCUUGCCUUCGAGGACUCCACCUUGACCUUUUUUCAAGAUUUAACCAGAGCAACACUGUUAUGGAGAAAGUCCUAUGGGCCUGUUACCACCCAAUUACGAGCAGCAGGAUUGCCCUACAGGUAGGGGACUGAUAAUUCUCUGAUGGUCAGACAGGCUGGAACCACCCACGUUCUCCACACCAUGACUGACGCAACAUCCUUUCUAAAGAAAUUGGUACUGCCCACACUAACUGCAAACCCGGAAACUCCUGGGAUCCGACCAAUGUCACCCCCUUUGUUCCACGUGCCAAAGGGGCACCAGCACAAGUUCCAUGAUGGCGACCGCAGAAAGCCUGUGCACCUACGCACCCAUUUCUAACGGCGGCUCCAGUCUCCCGCCACUUAACUGGGCCACUUUCAUGGAAUUAUACUCUACAACUGGUUAUAAUCGUUCUAUUUGUUUUAUCGUUACCCUCAGUUAGGGACACUGCACUCACGUGCAUUUCUUCUCACCACACUAUCCCGCCUUUGGAGUAGCUUGCCUACCGGCGUCUUGCCUAGACUAUCUAAGUUGCCCACCUAUACUAAAGUUUCAUGAAAUGCAAAUUUAAUCCUAAUUGGAAACUAGCAUGAUUCCACACUUAUGUCAAUGGCCAUUUGGUCCACUAAUUCAACCCCAGUGAAACUCUCUUUGACAUACCGACACCACUAAUUAUAAGGCUUCCGUUAGACUGAUGGCUAUACUCCUAUUUAUGUGGCUUCGUGUUUGCCCUUGAUAACUCGUUAUCCUGUUGUAAAAGAAAAAAAAGUGCACAACGCAAGAUAUGUAUGACCUUCGUACACCUCGCUAACUAUUGAACAAAUAUCGCUUGUUAAUUUUUGUCUCCCGGUGUCACUAUACAGCAUGCGGGAGCAGAGAGGAGCUGCAGGAAGAUCAUUGCUCCAGGGCAGGCGCCGUCUGGCUACACUUUUCCUUGAGCCGGCCUCCUCCCUGCUCCACAGCUCGGGCAGGCAACUACAAUACUCCCUGAGCUCCAUUGUUUGCCCAGCCUCUCUUUAGCUAAAGGGCUGAGGAUGUGUUGAGCCUUGUAUUAGCAGAUUAAAAAAGAAGUGAGAUGUGGGGGACUGCUAUUAAAAGGAGCAUUCAAAGUACUAUAUUUACUAGGGGUGGUUUGUAGAGAAUCUAAAGCAAUAUCCAGCUUUCCUCUACAUGACUAUUAAAUAUGCAGCAGUAUAAAACAAAAUGGUUUGCAAUGCUAGAUGUCACACUUGGCACUGUUGGAGGCAAAGCACGGGACUGAGCAAUCGCACAAAUAGGCAUCACACAAUAUAAAUAUUUUUCCCCCCCCCACCCCUUUUCCUCUCAGGUCGUCACUAUGGUGCUGUUAGCUGCGAGGGAUGUAAAGGUUUCUUUAAAAGAAGUGUUCGAAAGAGCUUGGCGUAUAGUUGCCGCAGCAGCCAGGACUGCGUCAUCAAUAAACAUCACCGGAAUCGAUGCCAGUUUUGCCGGCUUAAGAAGUGUUUAGAAAUGGGCAUGAAGAUGGAAUGUGAGUAUUGCUGCUUCCUACGCAUAAUGAGCUCAGAGUGUAAACUCAAAUGUAUCCUCUAUUUCUAAUAGCUUGAAAUGUAUUACUAAAUACUCCUGUCCAGGAAUUUGAGAAGCAUGUAAAUGUUUUAAAUUAGAAUCUGACUCAUAAUCUGAAAGCUACUGCUACAUCAUGUGUUAAAGAGAGCCUGCCAGGAGACAACUAUUGUUAACUAAACAGCAGUUUUUUGUGAGUUGACUUUACACUUCAAAAUGUAGGCCAAAAUAUCUUAGUUUUGGAAUAAUCUUCGGCACAAAAACUAUUUUAUUUUUUUACCUCAAUGAAAUUUACAGGGUUUAUCAUUAAAGUGAGAAUUCAAAGUAAAUUUUAAUAACCAAAUCAGAAAAAAAAAAUCUAAGUCAGCUAUGCUUUUACUUCAGCUACUCUGGUGUAAAAUUUGAAAUUCUGCUUCCUGCAAAAUCACUGGUUCAGUUCAUUUCGAGCCAAAUAAGGGACCAGUCUGCGUAUAUAAUGGUAGUACACAUAGCCAUUAAGACCUGGGGAGGAGAAGUUUUGUUUAAUACAAGUAGUUAAAACAAAGACUUAAUUCACAUCUCUGUAAAUGAGCAGAUGCAAUGUUAGUAAUACAUUUACACAUACUGGAGCCAAAGAGUUGGACAAAGAGUGUAAAACAUAUGUCUAAUAGAACACUUAAAUCCUUCACCACCACGUUUUUUUUGUUUUUGUUUUUUAAAGUAACAUAUUAUUUAUUUGAAUUUGCCAUUUAUAGUUACCAUAUAAUAAUAGGGCAGGUUUAAAAAAAAAAGUUUCUAAUAGUAUGUCUUGUGUCACCCAUCUAUAGUAGGGUUAGGCAGCUACCCUGUUGAAAUUGUGUGAGCAGCAAGGGUACAUGAAGAAAGCCGUUAGAAGGAAGAUUAUGUUGGACUGGGCCACAAUUAAAGCCCUGGUUGUAGAGAAGAGAUUUGUUUUAAUCUGUGUAUGGAAUUGGUCUGGUGGAGUGUGUAUCUGCCUACAAUCUACAUGUUCGGGAGUGGCCAGAUCUGCAGCCUGUGACAUAGCAGAAUACCAAUCCGUGCUCUUUAAUGCUUGAGAUUUUAACUUCUCCCAUGCUGUGGAAUUGUUGAUCCUCGCGGUAAUUAAAUGACCACUAUUAACACCAUAAGCACUACAGCUUAGUGUAUUUGUUAUUUUAAAGAAAGGCUAUUUGUGUUGUCCCAAUAUGUAUUUUUAUUUAUUUAUUUUUAAUCCAUACAGAAAAGAGGGCUGCACUCUCUCUAGACUAGGGAUACCCUGCAUCAAUGGAUGAUGAACACAUGUACUGUAUACCAUAUUUACUUGCACAAUUAGAAUUCAAAUGUAUAAUUAAAACAUCCAACCAAGUUGCAAUUUAAAAACAAUGGAUUAAUACUUAUGUAUAAAAAAUAAAGCUAUUGGUAAUAGCUUAAGUUAUUGAAUCAAAUAUAUAUUGUUAUCUCCAAAAUAAAAGUAGAAAAAAAUCUUUAAAAAUAUACAAGCAAAAAAUUAUAUUUAAUGCUGGAACUUCCACUUCCCUGUUUUGAAUGUCCUCUGUAUUGCUUCCCAGCAGCUGUUGAAGUGGUCCAGUGAAAAAAUGUACUUGACUUCAUUUUAGUGUCAGUCAGACAGGAUAAUAUGAGUGUUCUUUCAGGUAGCAACUUGUCUCAAACGCUUUUCACCUUCCCUUGGCUUUUUAAAUGAUAAAAGCAGUAAUAAAAUAUGAGUGGGAUACAAUAAAGCCUCACCUAUUUACUAUAUAAAUAUAUUAUAGACAGACAAUAUUGUCCAUUGUGAGCAAUAGUGACACCUGGAAUUAUCUUUAUGUGGUAUAACAUUUUAUGUAUUAAAGAUGUAUUCCUGACCUUAUAGUGUUAGAACCACAAUCUAGCCCACCAUGUCCCCACUUGCUCCCCUAAAUAUAGCAAAAUCUUACCUUCACGCCAGUCUGCUGCUGCUGGCUCUGCCCCUGAUCUGCCUGCUUGGCUAAUAUCUGAAAUGUUGUUCUGAGCCAAUCCCAAUGCUUUCACAUAGGAAAGCACUGGAUUGGCUGAGACUGUCAAGGUGGAAGAUCAGGGGCAGAGCCAGCACAAGUCUAACACAGUCCCGUCCUAUCAGCAUCUCUCAUAGAGAUACACUGUGCAGCACUGCCCCAUGAAGCACCUCUAGUAGCCAUCUGAGGAGUGGCCAGUGGAGUUAUCACUAGGCUGUAAUGUAAACACAGCCUUUUCUCUGAAAACCGUGUUUACUGCCAAAAGCCUGAAGGAAAUGAUUAUACUCACCAGAACAAAUACAAUAAGCUGUAGUUGUUCUGGUGACUAUAGUGUUCCUUUAAGUCACAUGUUUUAAAGAGUGGUUACUGGUUCUAUGUAUUUAUAGUACACAAGGGCACUGUUGACCAUUUUUUUUUAUUUCUAGUAAUGUAAAUACUGCCUUUUCUCUGAAAAGCCUUCAGGGACAGGCUAUACACCCCAGAACAACUAUAUUGAGCUUUAGUUGUUCUGGUAACUAUGUCGGGUGAAUUUCCACUCUCCGUGUCUAAAUGUUCAUUUGCCAAUGAUUAGUGGCUAGUGUUAAAGUUCAGACAUUGGCUUUCUGUACUGCCUGCAUUUAGACCUCUGCACCGUCUGCCUUUUGCAAUGCAGUUCACUACAAUUCUAUGAUCAUUGAAUAAGCGUCUCUCAGCGCUGAAUCCCUUUAGUAACUUAGUGCAAAGGGUAUUUAAUUGUUUGAAAGCAAACACAAUGGAAUUCUUUUUAAAGCAACUUUUGUCUGUUUGUCUUAGCGGUACAGAGUGAGAGGAAGCCAUUUGACAUCCAACGAGAGAAGCCAUCAAACUGUGCAGCAUCCACUGAAAAAAUCUACAUCCGGAAAGAUCUGCGGAGCCCACACAUAGCAACGCCAACUUUUGUCUCGGACAAAGAUGGAGGGAGGUCGGUGUAGAACACUGGUAGGGUGUGUUUGUACAGAUUGGGGAUACAGUCAAUAACUGUCUCACCACAAAUGGCUUGCUAUAUGUGGACUUAAUCUGCCUGGAAGACCCCAUAGAGGGGUAAUAAAAAGUAUUGCUACUUCUGUUUAUUUUAUAAAUGAUUUAUGUUUCCUUGGUAUAUAAUAAUUCUUAGCUGUCACCAUUAGUUUAGUCCCUUUUUCGAUAAUGAUAUCAUGGCAGGAUAGCUGAGGAUAUUGAAUUGUGCUGUUUGUCUCCUCCACUCCUCUCCUGCAAUAUUAUUUUUUGGAAGAUGGGCUGAAUUAAUGGAGCAACUGCUGCCUGGAACUGAAACCAACACUAAUUUCAAGCCAGAAUACUUAUAUGUUGGUGCUUCCCAAAGAGUGGGGACUGCAGGCAUUGCAUAUAUAAGUAUAUAGUGCAUUAAUAAAACAAAAAACUGCUCGACCAAAGUAAAAGUUAAAAAUAGUUUGAGUGGAGUUUUUUUUUUUUUCUAAAAAAAUGUAAAUCUAAACUGCUGCUUUUAAGCUAAAAGUCAGGUGUAACAGCAUACAAGUACCCACUACCUCUGUGUAAACACAUCAUACAUUUUGUCAUUGAAGGAAGCAAUAUCCAGAGCUUCGAUAAUGUCACUGCUUGUGGAUUUGAUCUGGUCCUUUGCUGCCUCUUCUUCUGCAGUGAUAUUUUGCAUUCUACAAUCUGAUGCUUAGUCAAAUCCUGUCCUUGUAUUAUGGGAUUGGCGGUAGUGAGAUCCAAAGAUGAAAGAAUUUAUGUACAGGGCAUUCCCAUUGCUAUGUCUUACCACUAUAUGCUGCAUAAAGUGUUCCAUACUGAGUGGAAAUAGAUAAAAAUAUAAUUUGCAUACAAAAGGAAACAAAAAAACCAAAUACAUACUCUGUAAGCAGCCUUCUUAGAUGAGUGGCAAAUAUCCAACAAAUAAAGAAUAAGGAAACAAGAAUGUUAAGUAUAUUACAUAUUGGUUGAAUUUAUUUGUUUUGUGAUCUUGCAUUACUAGACAUUUCAUGUUGCUAUAUUAAAAUGUGUUUUUUCCAGAAUUGUUAUUCUUCAUGUAACAAGAUUGAAGUAAUCUCUGUCAUCCUUCAGUCCCGACUCUCACAUGUGUUGUUGGGAUUUAUUCAUUAAACUGUGCACUGUGGAGUAAUCAAUUUACAUUGCAAGCUCCACUUUAAAUAGAGGUCAUGCUUUGUACGAAUUGAUGUGCGUUCAUUGUUUUUCUGAUCAAUUUUUAAAUCUCACCAGGCAAUCUGGACUUUUAGACCCUGGGAUGUUGGUGAAUAUUCAGCAGCCCCUCAUCCGAGAAGAUGGCACUGUGCUCCUGUCUACUGAUUCAAAGGUCAUUUCUGUUUGCUUAGGGGGUUUAUUAACUUUUCUUUUGCAUUGCACUGAAUUGUUGCUAGCUUUCCUUUAAACUCAGAGUUGCAAAGUGUUGUUAAUUUGCAGCUUGUAACCAAGAAAGUUCAGAAAGUCUGAUGUUUGAGGUUGUCAUUUAACGUAAUAAUAGAAAAUAAUUGUCUUCAUGGUAGUUUUGAAUUAUUAUUUACAAGUAAUAAUUCUUCUUCCAGGCAGAAAUGAGUCAGAGCGGACUUGGAACAUUAGCAAACGUCGUUACUUCUCUUGCUAACCUGACUGAGUCACUAAAUAAUGGGGACACUUCCGAAAAUGAUCAGCCAGAGGACCAAUUCUCCAGUGAAAUCACUAGGUUAGUUUUAGAGUUUUCAUUGCAAAAAGAGGGUUGCCAAAAAACAACUGCUCCUAAGAAAUGUUACUGCUGAUGCUUAAUGUGUGCUAUUUUUGUUUUGUUUUUCUUUUCAAAUGUUUACUUUAGAAGUCCAAAUGAUAUAUUUACUAAACAUUGAAUAGUUGUGAAUUGAAAUCCAGUUUACAGAAUUUGAUGGGAGUUGGCUAGAAAUGUUUCAGACUCCGACACAGAUAAUGUGUACAAAGGAGCACAAACUUUGCAGGAGCAGGGUUUAAGGAAUAUAAUAUUAUCAGAGGUUGCUGUUCUUAUUCAGUCCAGUUACCCCCUUUACAAUGACAAUUAUAUAUACAGUGCCGAUAUAAUCCGCCGCGCUGUACAAUAGACAAAGCUAUUAUAACAAAACAUGUUUGACAUAUGCAUACAGCAGGUGAUGAGCUUACAAUCUAAUAAGCGUCUGCCGUUGGUCACUCGCUUCAUUUAGAUGCUAACCUGUAUUUUGGCUUAAGAGUGAUGUUUAAAAUGCCAUCCACUGAAGAGUAAAAGUGUUGUUUGCAUAUUUCUGCAUGGAAAUCUAGAUGGGAUGUUUGCAUCAAAGCAUUUAGAACUGCUGUAUAUAAGGUUUACAUGUUAUCUUAAAGGGACACUCUGACAAGUUCAUCACAAUGCUGCAUCAGUCCGAUACCAUCAUCCAGACUUUGGGGUUUAACAGUUUAAAGUAAAGUAGGUGCAAUCUGCACCUUGGAUCUUUUUUCACUCUAACUACUUAAUUGCCAUAGAGUUGCUAUGGUGUCAAGACUAGUCCUUUUAGGAAUGCAGAAGUUCUGAAUUGGUAUAUCUAAGGAUAGAUAUUCAUGUUAGCAUUUUUUUUUUUUUUACCUUUUGUGCCGAAAUUAUGCAUCAGUAAAUUUUAUUUAUUCAAUUUAUCCCCUUAACAAAUAUGUAUUUGCGAGGUGUAAAAAAUGUAAAAUUAAAUAUGGAAAUCCACAGCUCUUUAUCCUGAAACUUGGAUCCUCCAUCUUGGCUCCCUUUAAUCAUUGUUACAAGCGAUGUCCUUAGCACCUGACAUCCAUAGUAGUAAUAGUGUAGAAAGCAUAAAGGGAAGAGGGAAAAAAUAAACUUUCUAGAUGUCCUUUUAAUUUGUAAUGUUUGCCUUGUCUGCCUUGAAUUCGGUUAUGAUGUCAUUUUUCCAUGUCAUUUUUGAUGUCAAGGUGACCGGGCAUCUGAUAAGAGAAAAAAAAAAAAAAAUGCCACAAGUUAUAGGUGAAGUUUUAAAUGAUUUAUUCAGUUGUGCAAAUUCAUGAGAAAUGAAAGUCCCCUUAUUAAAAAUGCAUAUGCAUGUAUAUACAUUUAUAGACCAUGCAGCAUUGCUUUAUGUGAAAGGAAAAAGUCUGAGGGAAAUAUAUUUCUUUAAAGAAAAAUAUGAUACAGUCCAUAGAGUAUAUUGGGGUUGUCCACACAACCAAGGGGUUUAAGCCCCUUCAUUUAUACCAUCAAAAAAAUAAACAUGGCACACUGAUCCUAGAAGGGGACCCCAUCAUGGACUCCUCAACGGGACACCGUAGCAUUGCCCAACUCCGCAUACACUCCAUGAGGAGGCCCAUGGGGGAUCUGGACCUUGUAAACUGCUGGAGGACCCUCCACCCCACCAGCAAGGACUAUACGUACUACUCCGCACUACACGACCGAUAUUCCUGCAUCGACUACAUCUUCAUUCGCCAAAUAGGUCUACAAAGAUUACUCUCAGCCAACAUGGAACCCGCGACAUGGUCGGACCAGGGCCCGGUCACUGUCGAACUUGAGUCACCUCUUUUCCGGCCCUCUACAUGGACAUGGAGGCUUAAUGAAGCUCUCCUCCUUGACCCUGCGACACGCGAGCAAAUCACUGGAGCAUUAGAUCUAUACUUCCAGGACAAUGUUGUAUAGGAUGUCUCCCCAAUUUCAAUAUGGGAAGCCCACAAGAGCGUUAUCAGGGUCACAAUUAUCUGAAUAGCCUCACAAAAGAAAAGACGUCACACGGGAAAUGGCAGACCUCUACAAAUCUAUUUCCACACUGGAACAACAACAUAAAAGGACCCACUUGAUGGAGACGUACGGGGAACUUAUGCAGGCCAGACGACAACUGAAAGAUCUCCUCACAAAACGCUACCUUAGAUCCAUACAACACUCCAAGGGGUUCUUCUAUGCUCAUGCCAACAAAGGUGGAAGAUACCUAGCGCGCCUUCUAAAAGGUAACGCCCCACGGACACAAGUCCGCAAACUACACCUCUCGUCGGGCAUCGAGUCGACCUUUCCGAACAAGAUAGCGGAAGAAUUUAAGAAAUAUAUUACCAAUUGUUAUACAAUCUACAUGUGACGGACGGACGAACUGACCCGGACACAGAACGGAUACAGAGGCAGGAAUACCUGGAGGUCGCCAUCGAGAAGACGAUCGGAGCAGAGGCAAUGGACACCCCCAUUACUACAGAGGAACUCCUGGCAGCCCUGAAAUCGACCAAAAUGGGCAAAGCAUCUGGCCCCGAUGGCUUCUCCACAGGGUACUACAAAACCUUUUCCUCCACACUGAUGCCGUGGCUCACGAAAGCUCUUAAUAUGGUAGCUGAAGGGGGAACUUCGGGGCAGAAUCACUAGCGGCCAUCAUAACUGUCCUACCGAAACCUGGAAAGGACCCAAUGAUAUGUGGUAGCUACUGCCCAAUCUCACUUCUGAACGUGGAUACCAAGUUGUUCACCAAGGUACUGGUUACCAGUCCGCCCUGCCGGCCCUAAUACACCCAGACCAAACAGGAUUCAUACCUGGUCUGGAGGCACGAGACAGUACCCCACAGCUAUUCGCGAUACAACAAAGAGGGCGGUGGGCACGACACCAGCUUCUCCUACUCUCCACGGAUGCCGAAAAGGCAUUCGACCGGGUGAAAUGGCCAUACGUGAUGGACACUCUCAGUAGAAUGGGUACGGGUCACAAGCUACUCACAUGGAUUCGAGCGCUUUAUAGCAACCCAUGAGCCGCAGUGCGGGUGAAUGGGGCACUCACCUCACUGACUUUUGAAAUCUCCAAUGGCACGAGGCAGGGUUGCCCGCUGUCCCCGCUGCUUUUUGCCGUAUCCCUGGAGCCUCUCCUCCAAACUAUCAGACAACAUCCUGAUGUUCAGGGAUACCCAUGGCAAGGAGUGGAACAUACGCGGAUGAUCUCUUAUUUUUCAUCACAUCGUCCCGAACCACGAUGUCUUGCCUACUAGAGGCACUUAGACAAUUUGGCAAGAUAUUGGGUUUUAAACUUAACCUGUCCAAACGUGAGGUGCUCAACAUCACCAUCCCAACUGAAGAAUUCUCUGCUCUGGAACCACUAUUUCCUUUCCGAUGGUGCUCCCGAAAAAUGAAAUACCUUGGGAUCUGGGUAACAACGGACCCGGGAGAUCUCUACGCACAAAACUUCACCCCACUACUAAAGACAAUAUUGGCGGACCUAGAAAGGUGGACAUACCCACAUAUCUCCUGGCACGGAAGGAUAGCAGUCCUCAAAAUGAACAUUUUACCUAGUUUUCUAUAUCCGUUCCAGACACUCCCACUGGCUAUACCCACAAACUUCUCCACUGGCUAUACCCGCAAACUUCUUCUCCACGCUAAAGUCGGCGGUCAUCCGCUACGUUUGGAGGGGGGUGAGGCACGAUCUACUCUGCCUACCACGACAAAGGGGAGGACUAGCAUUGCCAGAUUUCAAAUGAUAUCAUCACGCUACGGUCCUCCAGCGUAUCCUGGAAUGGCACGCGAACACACAACACAAACAGUGGGUAGCCCUAACCAGAGAAGGACAGGAGGCACAACUAAAAGCCGCCAUAUGAGGGGGCACCAAGAAUGGUGGUUGGUGGAGGGAAUAGUGGCACAGAUGCUAAGCAGCUGGAGACUCAUGAGAGACCAACCACAUAUCUCACCCACAGCUCUGCUCUCCAUCACCCAUAAUGAAGCGAUAGGAGGGGGGAUCCCACCGAAAGCAUGGCCUUUCGCGGAUGGAUGUGAAUACGUCCCCAUCUCCACUAUCCUACGGAAUGGCAACAUACAGACACUGGACUCCUUACUAGGAGAGACUCCUCGGACGCCCCUAAUAAUGCUACGCUACAUGCAGAUAAAACACUUCUGAUACCUUACGCAACAAAGACCGACUACACAGGGACCUCACCUGGUUCGAGGUGAGAGGGGCUCCUCAAUGGAAAAAACGAUCUCCACCCUAUACCAACACCUUUUGGUUGGACACCUGAUGGAGAACACCUUCCGUAGACAGUAGGAGGUAAUGUUGGACACCACCUUCACACCCCGCCAAUGGGAAGGUGCACUAAUCUGGCAGCACAAAAGUUCCAUUAGCUCACUUAACAAGAAAUGAAUUACAAACUAAUCGCACUCUGGUACAGAACCCCGACAUUACUCCACAGAAUCUACCCGACAAACACGCGGAAAUGUGGCAGCCAUGGUACGCAUUUAUAUCGCGAAGCCGGUAGGGUGGAAUGGGAGGAGGCGGGGGGGGACCCGCGAGGGGGGGACACCUGGCCCGAGGAGCAUGACCACUCUCUUUUGUUUUCCCCUGACCCACCCGCUCUAUAACACUCAAUUGGGAUUUUGCACCCAUAGAUAGACCAGAUAACAGCUACAUCAUGCACACCUCACACAACUUACACCCGUGCCUCACGGGCAAACAUCAGCUCACAAUGGACAGAGGUAUCAUAGCUUCCUAAAUAAUGUCAAGAAUAAUAUAAAGAAAUCCGUCCCCUCCCCUCCCCCCUCCCCCAAAAAAUGAUUGGUAAGAGUUUGAUGAAAGUGUCAAGAAAAUGUGCUGAAUCCAAAAGAAAAAAAAAAUUGAAUUCCAUAUAGUGUCCCUUCAAUAUGAAUAUCUUAUUAGUAACCGUAGCAGGGUUUUUUUGUUUUUUUUUGAGUGUGUGUGUUUUUUUUUUUUUUUUACCUGCUUUACAUUUUUUUAAAAAAAUUUUUUUUCACUUUCAGGGCAUUCGACACAUUGGCAAAAGCACUUAAUACAGUAGAUGGCACUGCAGGGCACAAUCUGGAGGAUGGGGUUGAUCCAACAGCAGGAGGGAACAUCCACAUCAUUAGCCGGGAUCUGGCUACGCCUAUUCUGGAAGUGGAAGGACCCCUGUUGUCAGACACGCAUGUCACAUUUAAGGUGGGUUUUUCUGCUUUAGAAACAAACUCAUGCUCCAAUGUACACACAUACAGAGACACAUACAUACAUACAUACAUACAUACAUACAUACAUACAUACAUACAUACAUACAUACACACCCAUACACACAGACACAUGUUACAGCUGCGACCCCUGUAACUGUGGUAUGUAUGCCAGUGUAUGAAAGUAAUGAAAGAAACAUUUAAAAAAAUAAAUAAAUAAAUAUAUAUAUAUAUAUAUAUAUAUAUAUAUAUAUAUAUAUAUAUAUAUAUAUAUAUAUAAUGUGCUCUGAAUUUAAUACGUAAUGGAUAGUAUAUGAAAGGGCAAAGUUGGUUGUGGUGUGCCGAAACAAACGUACAAGUGGGCCUGUAAAUAAGAGGGCCCACCAAGGAGAAUGUAAUGAUAACAGGGUGUAGGUGGGUUGGGACAAUCAACUGAACCGGCAGAGGUGAGUAGGUGCUGGGAGUUUAAGUAGGGGACUUACUCCUCCCACAAAUUCAGACCUAAUGGCCUUUCUACUUGUGCUCGGAAUUUAAUACGUAAUGGAUAGUAUAUGAAAGGGCAAAGUUGGUUGUGGUGUGCCGAAACCAAUGUACGAGUGGGCCUGUAAAUAAAAGAGGGCAAAAGAGAAGUUCGAGAAAAUAAACACUUUAUUGCCUUUUUUUACAUAAAGAAAGUUCCUGAAAGCUUGACGAAGCUCUUUCUCUGGACGUGGUAUAUAUGUAUGAUAUAUGGAGGAUUUCCAACGACCCAGUCUCUUGAUGAUGUGGACCGGGGUGUUUGUGCUAGAAGCUGAUGAAGCAGCUCCUAUGCGGAAUGAGUGCCUGGAAAAUGAAGCCGGAUUGUAACCCAGUUUGAAUAGUAGUGUUCUGACGUGUGCCGUGAAUUUAGCUGUGGUGAGCGGGUGCCCUUGUAGUGAUAAGAGCGGAGAGUCUAGUAAGUGCACGUGACGGGUUGACCUUAGGUGAUCUAGCACCUUGACCGGACACCAGGCAUUAUCGGUAGGGAAAAGAGGAAUUAUGGUGGGGUGUUGAGUGUGAUUAGUUUUAGUUGAUGGGAUCGUAAGUAGGUAGUGAUCCUCCACCUUAGUGAGGUGUGAUGUUUUUAGGCUGUGCCUGAUAUCUCCUUGACCAACAACGGUGAACUCUCUGGGUCUGAGAAAACCGUAGAAAGCAAGAUAAAUAGUGGAUUUAAUUACCAGGUUUGUGUUGGUAUUGAACGGGGAUUCGUCAAGGAGAUUGCUAAGUGAUCUAAACAUAGGCCCAUCUAUAGGUAGUCUUGUGGUGGUGAGUGGAACUGAAACCUUUAAUAUACCUUUCAAGACCUUUUUAAUGGGAUAUAAUGACAAGAAAGGGGUGUUAGGAAAAUUGGUGAGACUAUGGUGCUGAACCCCGGUGAGGUAAAGUUUAAUGGUGUUGUGAGAAAGUUUAAGAUGUAAAUGGCAGAGGCAAAAGCCACCAUAGUUUGUGUAGAGAAGUCGCCUUGUAAACCGAAUUCUGCAGUGAAUUUGUUAAAAAUGGUAAGUGCCCUAUUGUAUGAGAUAGCUGUGUUGGGUGAUAGUGCUUGGUGAGUGAGAGUCCUAGCGUGGUGCAUAAGUGUGCUUAAUCCAGGAUUAGUGUUUGAAAUUGUGGUGUCCUGGAUGGCUGGUGGUGAGCCGUAGGGAGUGCCUGGAAGAAUACCUGGAAUUGAGAGCGUCCGUGUUGUGGGUGCCCGGGAUGUGAAAACAAACUAUAUGGAACUGGACGGUUGCUGCCAGCCAGGUCAGCUUUCGAAUCAGCCGCAUGAUGGUAAGGGACGAUGAGCGCCCCUUGUUUAUGAUUUCGCAAGCCGCCGAGUUAUCAGAAUAGCAUUUUACUGCCUUGCCGGACCAGAGAUGACCCCAGGUGUGUGCGGCCGCCACGAUGGGAUAAAUUUCGAAUAGGGUUGAGGUCUCCCUGAAUCCUGGCAAGGCAUCCGUCUCAGCGGGCCAGUGACCCCUUAACCAGUGGUCCCCGAAGAUGGCUGCGAAACCAGAGUUGGCUGCAGCGUCUGUGUGGAUGAUGGGUGAACAAGUGGAGAGAGGGGGGAUAAACAAGGAGAUACCGUUCCAAUCUGCCAAAAACUUCCCCCACAUAGCUAAGUCGGCCUUUGCGUGGGGGUCCAAAGAAACUGGGCAAGAGUCCGGUACCCCGUGGAGCAGGCAAAUAAGCUUGGAUAUAAAAGACCUUCCCUGCGGGAUGAAGCGCAUGGCGAAGUUAAGGGAUCCCAGAAUGGACUGAAGUUCCCUUCUGGUGCAAACAUCAUUCAGCAGGAACAUGUCUAUCUCCCCUUUCAAGCGGAUCAGUUUGUCGUGCGGAAGGCUAGCACGGAGGGUAACAGAGUCAAGCUCUAUCCCCAAAAAGGUUAAUUUAGUUGUGGGGCCGAUUGUUUUUGAUGGAGACAAUGGUACACCAAGUGUGGAAAAAGUGCUGUAGUAUUGCUGAUAGCGGUGGGUGUUUGUGCCUCUGGCUCUCAGUAAGAAGUCGUCUAAGUAAUGGAUAACAGAGUGACACCUGAGGACGUUCAGAAGCAGCCAGCAUAGCGUCUCAGCGAAGAUAUCGAACAGUUUGGGGCUGCUUCUAUAACCGAAAGUGAGUCGAGUGGAGAAAUAGUACUUGUCUCGCCAUUUAACACCGUGUAAGUGCCAGAGUGAGGGGUGCAUGGGUAGUAAUUUGAAAGCAUUUGUGAUGUCUGUUUUGCUGAGCCAGGGGCGACUACCAGAUGAGAUAAUGGAUUGUAUGGCGUCGUCAAUUGUUACAUACUGAAGUGAGAAUUCGUCUGCAGGUAUGAGUGCGUUUAUUCUGGGAACAAAAGAGGAGUGCGGUGCAGAUAAAUCAAUAAUUAGAUGUUUUUUAUUACAAUAUUUGUGUAUUGCGACACCAAUGGGGUUAGUGCGCCAGGAGGAAAACGGUGAGGAGGUGAAGGGGCCGAUCAUGAAACCGUUGGUAAUUUUGGAGGAAAGGAGAGUGUCUGUGGAAAUUGGAUCUUGGCAUGCUGACAAUAAAUUGGGACAUUCCAGUGUGCCCGUGGGGAUGGCUACAAUAUCCAUAAAAAACCCCUGUGUGAAUCCAGUGGUCAGAUAUUCCACCAAAUGCCUGCUAGGGUGUGUCCUUAGGUAAAAAAACUGUUUGUUGACAUGUCGGUGUCGAUGUCGGUUAGUCAUUUGUUAGGGGACAACCUGGCCAGGCACAUGGUCUUGGUAUGGGCCCUGAAGCAUAUAGAACAGAUGUGCAACAAUCUACAGGCGCUGAAACUGCAGGAACCUGCGUUGAAAUUAUUGCACACCUGGGCUUUACCUAGGAAGGAGAUGGGCCUACUUAGCUUAUCACGUAGACCGCCCGCUAAUUUGUUGUGAGGGGUGAAAGUGGGAUUAAGUUUGGGAGUGGAGGUGGUGGGAUAGGCUUCUGAAGGACAUAAGUCUGCCGUAUGAGAUGUGGAGCCUGAGACCAGCGAAGUGGCGACAGAAUAGUUCUGUGUCCAUCUGACACCAGUUAAUUCUGACAUUGAACUGUUUCAGAUGGGUCGCCGCCUUCGCUGAUACCUACUUAUGAUAGUUGUAAAAAGAGGAGCCCCCGUACUUGAUGCCUAAAUCCACCACCUCGUGGAGGUAGAGGUCUAGCUCUUCUCUUCUGUGGGGAUACACCGUGCAGAUGACAUCACGGUAUAUCCCAAAGGCAAUCACGAACUGAGGUUUGGUUAGUUUUUUGUUGAGUCUGGGGUCUCUAGUAUUAAGCACCACUGAGAUGUCCCCGUAAUUGUAUGCCCUGUUCUCCAGUAUGUCUUGGGAUGCUAUAAGCAGAGACACCAGACACACGUCCUUCCCAUCUAGGAUUUCUUUCCUGAUGGAGUCUGGGACGGAGUGAGCUGGUGACUCGAAAGGAGAAAUAGCUGUGGCUGGUGCUGGAGGAGGGAGUAUGGGGGGGCAUGGUGGUACAGCAGGGACUGCUGGGGUAUUACCUGGGGAGGCGAUGGCACUCUCCACCUUAGAAAGCCUGUUGUUUAAAGUCUGUAAGUUGGCCAAAAUUGCUGCUAGGGUAUCCUGGGUGGACGUGUCAGCGCUUGGUGGCUGUCCUUGAGAGCUAGUACCUGGCCUAGGUUCAGGGGCUUGGUAGGUGAGCAGUCUGUAGAGUUCCGCCUUUCUAGCUGUAGCUGGAAAGGGGAUUCCCCUGAGCUUAAGUUCGGCCGUAAUUUUAGGGAUAGUCCAUGCUCUCAAGGACGUGGGAGUUGAGGGGGUGAGAGAUUCGCAUGGAGACUCUGGUCUGAUGGGCAUAAACGGGAUCUCCUCUGGCAACUCUUCGAUGGGGGCUGGUUCUUGAGACAUUCUAAAAAUGAUUCAGUGAAUGAGAUAUUAGAAGGUGAGUAGGGGAACCGGGAGGGAUAUGAGGGGGGUAUUUUAUGAACUGGCCUGUAAUGCUAAUCGCGAAGCAAAAAACGUAACUGUGAAUUAUUGAUAGGUGAGGCCCUGCUAAUGCCAAGUAGCGGUGAGAGGCUCUACCUAUGAUUUGGCUUAGAGAAAUCGUGGCCACAGACGUGGUGGCGGGGUGUUGGCCUCUCGGUGACUGUAAAGAGAUUCAAUACGUGUGGCCGUGACAGGUGAGGCCCUGACUACAGCCCUGUAGUAGGGCGGGCGAGGCAUAUAACUAUGAUUUGGGCGUGGGGCCGUACCUCCGUGUUGAGGUGGGAGAUGGCCUCGCUGGACGGGAUUUUUUACUAGGGUGAGCUAGGGCGGUAGCCAAACCCUGCAAGCCAGUUCACUUGUAUACUAAAGGUUGAAUGGUAAUUCUGGUGUAAUGUGUGGAUACUAACCUUGAAGGGUUUAUAAUAGAGAGCUGGAACCUUUGAAUGUUUAUAUGUAGCGAGUCUUUGCUGCUGCUGUCCUCGUACAAGAAGCCUAAGGAUUAAGACAGAUGUUGAUGUAUUUAUGCGUAACGUGGUGGCGUAUGAUUUGUGGUAGUGAAUGCCGUAACGAAUAAGGACGUAAGUACCUGGUAGUGUGGCUGAGUACCGGGUUAGGUAGGUUGGUAAUUUCUUGCCUUAUGGCAGUAUGACCGUAUUCCUGGUUAAGAAAAAAGGAGAGAAUUUAACACACGAAGGACGUAGGACCUAGAGUAAGUCGUAAUGAAUCGAGACCGCAUUAGGUCUUGUAUGAAAAAGUCCUGUAAUGAGUAGAGAAAUAUACCUUGAUUUGUUAUACGGGUACUAGAAUGAGCGUAACUGGUGUUCCUUCGUAGAAACCGGUGGAGGCCUAGAAAAAUUCUGGAGCUAUGGAUUAAACCCAUUAAAUAUUUAAUAAUGUGUGAAUGCUGUGAUAGUAAGUUAUAAAUAACCAAUUUCACUGUGAUAAGUUUAGAGUGCAUGCAGUAUUGAGGCAUGGACAUGAUUGAAAGCAUGAUGAGUAAAUACUAUACCUGGGUUUGUAAAUACAAGACCUUGAAUUUGCUAACUUUAAGCAGAAAAUAAGAGAAACCAAGGCAAUCUGUGGAGCCAAAGAAAUGUGACAGGGGCAGGAUUAAUGACGGCGUAACUUUAAUUUACUACAUUUUCUCCUUAAAAUAAAAUUUUAGGGGUUUUUACCAGUGUUACCCUAGGAGAUCAUGUAAUAAUAUAUGUAUGUUGUGUUUCAACAGGGUUGUUGUGGAAUUUAUAGAAUUCUGCUCUUUUGUUUGGUGUCAGGAGGAAUUUAUUUUAUUAGAUAAAGGAACGUAAAACAUAGAUUACUAACCACAUGGGUGUAGAAAAAAGAACUGAUUAUUAAGAUACAGUGGCUAUGGUUUUAAUAUUUUAGACAUAGUUAACCGGAAACACAGUUUAGGUGAUAAAUGGUUGUAGUUUUUUUACAUGUAUUUAAUAACUCCUACUGACAGGUAGUACAAACAGUUAAAUAACCGAACAGACAGUAUGAGUAAUCAUAUGAAUUCGUGUGCACGAAAUGUUUGUAUUAUACUGAAAGGGGAUUGGUAGUUUUAGCCGAAUGGGGGACCUGCUUAGGUUAAGUAUAAUGUGUGUUCGUUUACUCCCGCGCGAUAGCAUGAAUUAGGAAAGUUAGCGAGGGGUGAACAGGUUUACACAAUUCGCUUAAAAUGCCGAACGGGUAAGUAAUAAGUACAUAGGUUCGUGCGUAUGACCGAACGGAAAACAGAAUUGGAAAGAUUAGCUUUAGAGUUAUGUUCGUACGUAGUUCGGCAUUUUAGAACGUGCGAAAGCCCCCAUGAAACGUAAGUAUAGCGUCUAGUUUAGUGGUGCGAACGCGGAAAUUCACGAAUAGGUAAGUAUACGAAAAUUGAUAAUGUGAUAGUAAAAGGGAGCCUACCCCUACGUUUUUAGGCCCGAACGGAGGGAAAUAGCCGAACGUUAUUUCCCUCACAAGCUUACGUGAGCGUGCCGGUCUCGUGACCGGAAGCAAAGUACCGCGGCUGGGAAGAAGGCUGGUGGCAGGGCUGCAGGACGGACGGAAGAUUCCACUGGACACCUCUUACUGCAGGAGACUGGAGCCGUUUGGCGGGAAGCUCGGACCGGAAGUACUGUUUGCUAUGGAGAUAGACAAUCAACUGAACCGGCAGAGGUGAGUAGGGGCUGGGAGUUUAAGUAGGGGACUUACUCCUCCCACAAAUUCAUGCCUAAUGGCCUUUCUACAUAUAUAUAUAUAUAUAUAUAUAUAUAUAUAUAUAUAUAUAUAUAUAUAUAUAUAUAUAUAUAUAUAUAUAUAUAUAUAUAAAAAUAAAAAUGGUAGGUAACAGCACUCUAAGGACUUCAAAAAGUAAAUGGUGAAAAAAACUUAGCUUUUAUUCAGCAACUGCCACACACAAUCGACGUUUCAGUUCUUAAUACAGAACUUUCAUCAGGAUAAGGUGCAUUACACAAACCAACAUUAAUAUAUAAAAACAAAUAAGUACAUAACAUGCAAAACAGGUGUAGCUUACCCCAAUCCCUGUGUGGUCCCCAUGGUGAUUGCCAAAAAAAGCGGGUAAAAUUAACCCCUGGAAAUGUAUUCAGCAGCUGGGAUGUGCUGCUGUGUAACCUCAUAAUGCUGGCAAUAGCUGGAGCCAAAGGCUGUCUGUAUUACCAUAUCGUUAUGGUAACCAAACUGCUCGUGUGGAGGUGGGCGGGGCGGAGCAUCAGGUGGGCGUGGCUAUGGUCCGAUCUGUAGAGUGUACUCAGUGCACAGAGGGCGGGUGUCUGGUAUGGGGGAGGGAUCCUCUCUCUGCAUACUUGUGAUGCCUCACUGGUUUAAAGGAUAGAUGGCAGAGGGAUAAUCUGCUAACAGGGGUAGAGAGCACAGACAUAAAGGACACUACAUUGUGACUUCCAUGUCAAAAACAUGGCAAAGAAGUAGGUCUAAAACAAAGCUAUUGUGUGACCAUAGAGGGCUGGGAAAGUGACCUAUAUAGAAUACCUCUAGGUUAACUUGCAAAUAGCAGGGUCUGAGGCUGGAUAUAGAGUGGAAUCAGGGCUAUAUUACAGAUGCUGACUACAUGUAUGUAGUGUAGCAUAGCAGGAGCUAGAUGUCAUAAUGUCUGAUAUUGAAUGAAUAAAUAGACAAGGAGUAAACAAUAAGCCCUUGAAUAGAUACAAAGGGCACGCUGGGUUUAUUAUUCCCAGGGUAGCUGUAUAAUAAGUCAGCCCUUAUGGCAUAAUCAUACAUGGAUAAUGUUAUAUCCAAGGUUAGUACUUCAACCAUGGAUAGAGCAUGACCCAUAAAUGUGUUAAAUAAUAAUACACUGUCAUAAAAAGAGUAGUGGUGAUUCUAAAGUUCCUGCGGGGACGUGUGUCUAGACAGACCAUUGUCAUUUAUAUAUGCAAGGAAUACAUAUAAUGUCGGUGCUGUCCAAUGGUAAUGUGUCAAACUUUAGUGCGCUCAUCGGUCCACAGUAUAAUACGCAUACAUAAAGAACAUACAGGCUAUAAACUAAUAUACAGAGGUGGUUAAUUCUUAGAGUCCAAUAUAUAUACACAAAAACAUUUUUGGAGCAUUAAAAUGAGAGAAUAUUUUUGGUCCAGUCCUGGAGAUAUAUCAUAAGAAUAUACCUAGAGUAUAUUUUUCGUUUAGUCCUCUGGGUUGCACAGUAUCCAGUGUUCGGAUCCAAUAAAGUUCUCUUUGUAGUAGGAGCUUCUUACGGUCGCCACCUCUUAGGGGUGGUGGGAUGUGAUCAAUAGCCAGAAACUUCAUUGCUGGUAAGGGGUGAUUUUUCUCCAAAAAAUGUUUCGCCACCGGCUGUUCUGACCCAUUGUCUCUAUAGGCUGUACGUAUACUUGAACGGUGGUUGCGAAUUCUCUCUCGUAGUGGUAGAUCAGUUUUCCCCACAUACAUCAAACCGCAAGGACACCCCAAUUUGUAUACCACAAAGUCACUUGUGCAAGUUAGUCUAUGUUUUAUGGGGUAUUUUUUUCCAGUGUGUGGAUGUACAAAUGAUUUACUGGGGAUCAUGUGGCUGCAUGUCACGCAGCCCAAACAUCUGUGACACCCCAGGUUCUGGUAGGUAGUAGGUUUGCUAUAACAAUGUAUGGGGUCAGUUUUAACCAGUAGGUCCCUCAAAUUGCUGCCCCUACGGUAACACAUCAUUGGGCGCUGUUUAAAUUGAGGUGGUAAACUGGUAUCAUUCUGUAGAAUUCGCCAAUUACGGUCCACUGAUUGUUUUAUCUCGUCAGAUAUGGUGGUAUAUGUUAUUGGGAAUAUCAAUCUUUCAGUUGGUGCUGUUGUUACUGUAUUCUGUGUCGGUGUUUCAUAACAUCUGUCCAAUGCCUUAGAUAGAUCCACGGGCUUGUAACCCCGUGCAAGAAAUUUUUCCCACAUAUCUUGUAGUUGGAGUUGGGUAUUUGCCACAUUGGAGUUAUUACGUAUUACUCUCAUAAAUUGUGACUGUGGAAGUGACUUAAUGAGAUGUUUCGGAUGGUAACUUUCAGCAUGCAGGAGAGUGUUCCUGUCCGUGGGUUUGUUAAAUAGAGUAUAGGCUAUUGUGCCCUCUUCUUUAUACAAACGAACAUCCAAGAAGUCAAUCUGCUUGUCAUUGGUUGUCAUUGUGAGGCGGACUGGUGUAUCCAGAUUGUUGAUGGUAUUCAACAUUUGAUUUGGUGUUGGUCCCCCAUUUUUCCAAAUGAUAAUGAUAUCGUCGAUGAAUCGGCGGUAAAGCAGUAUAUUAUCCAUGAAGGGUGUAAGUAUAUGUUCUUUUUCAAAUGCAUACAUAUAGCUAUUAGCGUACAUUGGCGCCAUAGCCGCCCCCAUCGAGGUUCCUGCGAUUUGUUUGUACCAGGUAUGCUCAAAUCUAAAAUAAUUAAGACUGAGUACAAGGUGUAGUAAUUCUAGUACAUACUCGACAGGUGGUCCCGUGUAUGAUGUUGAAGAUGUCAGGAUAGUCCGCAUAGCAUUGAUGCCCAUGUCAUGUGGGAUAAUAGUAUACAAGCUUUUAACGUCACACGUUAUAAAAGUAAACUCAGAUUCUUGUCCAGUAAACUGUUGUAAUAAUUUAAGAAGACUUGGGGUGUCUUUGAUACAAGUGGGCAACUCCUCAACGGGUUUCUUGAACAGGUAGUCUAGCCAUUUGGCUAUUGGUUCAAGGGCCCCUCCUAUUGCUGAAACAAUGGGUCUUCCUGGUGGUGAUAUGGGAUCUUUAUGUAUCUUAGGUAAUGUGUAUAUUACUGGUGUUCUCGGAUUUUUUUGUAGUAAAAAAUCAAAAAGCUCCUGGGUGAUGUAGGUUGCCUCCAGUCCUCUUUGGAGGGUCUGUUGGAUAGUUUGCAUUAUAGUUAUAGUAGGGUCUGCAGUGAGUCUUGAGUACGUAGUCAGAUCUCCCAAUUGUGUGAGAAUCUCCUGUCUGUAAUCCGUAUAGUUCAGAAGCACUAUACCCCCACCUUUGUCAGCUGGUCGAAUGAUCAGACUUGGGUCCUUGGCUAGCGAAGUUAUUAUAUUUCUUUCUUCUUUAGUAAUAUUAGUUUUAUGUUUUGUUCGUUGAUUAAGGUGCAGUUGGGUUUCAUAAUUUAAAGAUUUUAGAAAUGUCUUUAUUGUGGACUGAUUGGGUAGGGGAUCCCACGUACUCUUAACUUUGAACAUCUUGCUCGAUGGUUCUUGUGUACUCUGUGAUUUAAAGAAAUCUUUCAAUCUUAAGUUUCUCCCAAACUUAUAUAUUUCCACCUCCUGAGUAAGUGGAUUGGGGUAUGUAGUUGGUACAAAAGAGAGGCCUCUCAUCAGUAAUUUGUUUUCUGCGUUGGUAAGUUGCCGUGUUGAUAGGUUGAAAAUUGGUACUAUCUCCGGCGUGGUGGUCUGCCUCUUGGCCCAGUAAAUCCUACCCUUCUGUCCUCUUCUUGUGAUAUAUCGCUUUCUUCGAUAUCUUGUCUGGCGCGUUGUCUCGUAGUAGUGCCUGUUGCUGUAUUGCCUUUCUCUAAAAAAAGGUUUGUUUGUUGUACGUUCUGGGUUCUUGGUUGGGAGUCUGAGUCUGAGGUGGAAUCCGCUGAGGUUUUAUCUAUUGUAUAUUGCCUUGGUCUCCUAAUGGGUCUCCUGUUCCUUGUGAAGCGUGGGGCCUCGUUCUGGCCACUCAACCACCUAUAUACCCUGUGUUCCGUGUAGUCACUCUUGACUUUUUCUUGUUUUUCACGCUUGAAUCUAAUCAGGUCGGUCUUAUAUUCUUUAACAUUUUGUUCAAGUUUCAACAGGGUAGGGGCUGCUUCUUCUGAGGUUAAUAAUAAAGCCUCUUUUGCCUCAAGUAGUGUAAUACGUUGUCUAAUUUUAAUAAGAUCUUCCUUUACGUCUUCUAUGAUAAUAAGAAUCAGGUCUAGGGAACAUUUAUUUAGUACUGCAAUCCAUUUCUUGCAGACUUUUGGUUUUGUUCGCCCUAUUGUGGGGAUGUUCUUAAUCCUAAACCCCCUUGGUAUUUGUAGUCUCCUGUGGUAAUCCGAUAGGAACAGUCCGUGCAAAUCCAAGUCGGUUUCUUUCUUUUUUAACCGUAUCAGUUCCAAGUAGAUUUCUUUGAGGGUAGUAGUCUGGGGGAGAUCUGUGGUCAGUUCAUCCCACCUAAUCCAUUCUGCGUCUUCCUCAGUAUAUUGUAAGGUUUCUGCCUGUUCCAGUAAGCCGCCUGCUUGUGCAAAAAACUCUUCCAUAGAGAUUAAGCACCCGUGUGUAUGUAAUGUACAAAAAAAUUUUGGGGGUAUAUAUCUAUUACUGGUGUAUACCAGUUCUGGUUGCACUCUUGCUAGAAAAAAUUCUGCAAGAUGCCCUUAGUAAAAAAUGAGUGGCAGCACUGAAAUAGUUAAAAAUAAGCUUCAAUAGUACAAAUAAUAUAAUAGUACAAAAAGGUACAAAUAAGCAAUAACCAGCCCCAAUAUUGUUUGACUGAGGAGCUAUAUUGCAUGUACAUCAAAAUUAACACGGGUGCAUAAUUGGUCCUUUGCCAUUCAGACCGAAAAUACAAAAUAUUCAAAUACUUGCACUCCUGUAGAGAUAGAUUAAUGCCUGGUGCUAAUAAAGCAAAUAACAUAAAAAUAAAAAUGGUAGGUAACAGCACUCUAAGGACUUCAAAAAGUAAAUGGUGAAAAAAACUUAGCUUUUAUUCAGCAACUGCCACACACAAUCGACGUUUCAGUUCUUAAUACAGAACUUUCAUCAGGAUAAGGUGCAUUACACAAACCAACAUUAAUAUAUAAAAACAAAUAAGUACAUAACAUGCAAAACAGGUGUAGCUUACCCCAAUCCCUGUGUGGUCCCCAUGGUGAUUGCCAAAAAACGCGGGUAAAAUUAACCCCUGGAAAUGUAUUCAGCAGCUGGGAUGUGCUGCUGUGUAACCUCAUAAUGCUGGCAAUAGCUGGAGCCGAAAGGCUGUCUGUAUUACCAUAUCGUUAUGGUAACCAAACUGCUCGUGUGGAGGUGGGCGGGGCGGAGCAUCAGGUGGGCGUGGCUAUGGUCCGAUCUGUAGAGUGUACUCAGUGCACAGAGGGCGGGUGUCUGGUAUGGGGGAGGGAUCCUCUCUCUGCAUACUUGUGAUGCCUCACUGGUUUAAAGGAUAGAUGGCAGAGGGAUAAUCUGCUAACAGGGGUAGAGAGCACAGACAUAAAGGACACUACAUUGUGACUUCCAUGUCAAAAACAUGGCAAAGAAGUAGGUCUAAAACAAAGCUAUUGUGUGACCAUAGAGGGCUGGAAAAGUGACCUAUAUAGAAUACCUCUAGGUUAACUUGCAAAUAGCAGGGUCUGAGGCUGGAUAUAGAGUGGAAUCAGGGCUAUAUUACAGAUGCUGACUACAUGUAUGUAGUGUAGCAUAGCAGGAGCUAGAUGUCAUAAUGUCUGAUAUUGAAUGAAUAAAUAGACAAGGAGUAAACAAUAAGCCCUUGAAUAGAUACAAAGGGCACGCUGGGUUUAUUAUUCCCAGGGUAGCUGUAUAAUAAGUCAGCCCUUAUGGCAUAAUCAUACAUGGAUAAUGUUAUAUCCAAGGUUAGUACUUCAACCAUGGAUAGAGCAUGACCCAUAAAUGUGUUAACAAUGUCACAAUGUAGUGUCCUUUAUGUCUGUGCUCUCUACCCCUGUUAGCAGAUUAUCCCUCUGCCAUCUAUCCUUUAAACCAGUGAGGCAUCACAAGUAUGCAGAGAGAGGAUCCCUCCCCCAUACCAGACACCCGCCCUCUGUGCACUGAGUACACUCUACAGAUCGGACCAUAGCCACGCCCACCUGAUGCUCCGCCCCGCCCACCUCCACACGAGCAGUUUGGUUACCAUAACGAUAUGGUAAUACAGACAGCCUUUGGCUCCAGCUAUUGCCAGCAUUAUGAGGUUACACAGCAGCACAUCCCAGCUGCUGAAUACAUUUCCAGGGGUUAAUUUUACCCGCGUUUUUUGGCAAUCACCAUGGGGACCACACAGGGAUUGGGGUAAGCUACACCUGUUUUGCAUGUUAUGUACUUAUUUGUUUUUAUAUAUUAAUGUUGGUUUGUGUAAUGCACCUUAUCCUGAUGAAAGUUCUGUAUUAAGAACUGAAACGUCGAUUUUGUGUGGCAGUUGCUGAAUAAAAGCUAAGUUUUUUUCACCAUUUACUUUUUGAAGUCCUUAGAGUGCUGUUACCUACCAUUUUUAUUUUUAUGUUAUUUGCUUUAUUAGCACCAGGCAUUAAUCUAUCUCUACAGGAGUGCAAGUAUUUGAAUAUUUUGUAUUUUCGGUCUGAAUGGCAAAGGACCAAUUAUGCACCCGUGUUAAUUUUGAUGUACAUGCAAUAUAGCUCCUCAGUCAAACAAUAUUGGGGCUGGUUAUUGCUUAUUUGUACCUUUUUGUACUAUUAUAUUAUUUGUACUAUUGAAGCUUAUUUUUAACUAUUUCAGUGCUGCCACUCAUUUUUUACUAAGGGCAUCUUGCAGAAUUUUUUCUAGCAAGAGUGCAACCAGAACUGGUAUACACCAGUAAUAGAUAUAUACCCCCAAAAUUUUUUUGUACAUUACAUACACACGGGUGCUUAAUCUCUAUGGAAGAGUUUUUUGCACAAGCAGGCGGCUUACUGGAACAGGCAGAAACCUUACAAUAUACUGAGGAAGACGCAGAACGGAUUAGGUGGGAUGAACUGACCACAGAUCUCCCCCAGACUACUACCCUCAAAGAAAUCUACUUGGAACUGAUACGGUUAAAAAAGAAAGAAACCGACUUGGAUUUGCACGGACUGUUCCUAUCGGAUUACCACAGGAGACUACAAAUACCAAGGGGGUUUAGGAUUAAGAACAUCCCCACAAUAGGGCGAACAAAACCAAAAGUCUGCAAGAAAUGGAUUGCAGUACUAAAUAAAUGUUCCCUAGACCUGAUUCUUAUUAUCAUAGAAGACGUAAAGGAAGAUCUUAUUAAAAUUAGACAACGUAUUACACUACUUGAGGCAAAAGAGGCUUUAUUAUUAACCUCAGAAGAAGCAGCCCCUACCCUGUUGAAACUUGAACAAAAUGUUAAAGAAUAUAAGACCGACCUGAUUAGAUUCAAGCGUGAAAAACAAGAAAAAGUCAAGAGUGACUACACGGAACACAGGGUAUAUAGGUGGUUGAGUGGCCAGAACGAGGCCCCACGCUUCACAAGGAACAGGAGACCCAUUAGGAGACCAAGGCAAUAUACAAUAGAUAAAACCUCAGCGGAUUCCACCUCAGACUCAGACUCCCAACCAAGAACCCAGAACGUACAACAAACAAACCUUUUUUUAGAGAAAGGCAAUACAGCAACAGGCACUACUACGAGACAACGCGCCAGACAAGAUAUCGAAGAAAGCGAUAUAUCACAAGAAGAGGACAGAAGGGUAGGAUUUACUGGGCCAAGAGGCAGACCACCACGCCGGAGAUAGUACCAAUUUUCAACCUAUCAACACGGCAACUUACCAACGCAGAAAACAAAUUACUGAUGAGAGGCCUCUUUUUUGUACCAACUACAUACCCCAAUCCACUUACUCAGGAGGUGGAAAUAUAUAAGUUUGGGAGAAACUUAAGAUUGAAAGAUUUCUUUAAAUCACAGAGUACACAAGAACCAUCGAGCAAGAUGUUCAAAGUUAAGAGUACGUGGGAUCCCCUACCCAAUCAGUCCACAAUAAAGACAUUUCUAAAAUCUUUAAAUUAUGAAACCCAACUGCACCUUAAUCAACGAACAAAACAUAAAACUAAUAUUACUAAAGAAGAAAGAAAUAUAAUAACUUCGCUAGCCAAGGACCCAAGUCUGAUCAUUCGACCAGCUGACAAAGGUGGGGGUAUAGUGCUUCUGAACUAUACGGAUUACAGACAGGAGAUUCUCACACAAUUGGGAGAUCUGACUACGUACUCAAGACUCACUGCAGACCCUACUAUAACUAUAAUGCAAACUAUCCAACAGACCCUCCAAAGAGGACUGGAGGCAACCUACAUCACCCAGGAGCUUUUUGAUUUUUUACUACAAAAAAAUCCGAGAACACCAGUAAUAUACACAUUACCUAAGAUACAUAAAGAUCCCAUAUCACCACCAGGAAGACCCAUUGUUUCAGCAAUAGGAGGGGCCCUUGAACCAAUAGCCAAAUGGCUAGACUACCUGUUCAAGAAACCCGUUGAGGAGUUGCCCACUUGUAUCAAAGACACCCCAAGUCUUCUUAAAUUAUUACAACAGUUUACUGGACAAGAAUCUGAGUUUACUUUUAUAACGUGUGACGUUAAAAGCUUGUAUACUAUUAUCCCACAUGACAUGGGCAUCAAUGCUAUGCGGACUAUCCUGACAUCUUCAACAUCAUACACGGGACCACCUGUCGAGUAUGUACUAGAAUUACUACACCUUGUACUCAGUCUUAAUUAUUUUAGAUUUGAGCAUACCUGGUACAAACAAAUCGCAGGAACCUCGAUGGGGGCGGCUAUGGCGCCAAUGUACGCUAAUAGCUAUAUGUAUGCAUUUGAAAAAGAACAUAUACUUACACCCUUCAUGGAUAAUAUACUGCUUUACCGCCGAUUCAUCGACGAUAUCAUUAUCAUUUGGAAAAAUGGGGGACCAACACCAAAUCAAAUGUUGAAUACCAUCAACAAUCUGGAUACACCAGUCCGCCUCACAAUGACAACCAAUGACAAGCAGAUUGACUUCUUGGAUGUUCGUUUGUAUAAAGAAGAGGGCACAAUAGCCUAUACUCUAUUUAACAAACCCACGGACAGGAACACUCUCCUGCAUGCUGAAAGUUACCAUCCGAAACAUCUCAUUAAGUCACUUCCACAGUCACAAUUUAUGAGAGUAAUACGUAAUAACUCCAAUGUGGCAAAUACCCAACUCCAACUACAAGAUAUGUGGGAAAAAUUUCUUGCACGGGGUUACAAGCCCGUGGAUCUAUCUAAGGCAUUGGACAGAUGUUAUGAAACACCGACACAGAAUACAGUAACAACAGCACCAACUGAAAGAUUGAUAUUCCCAAUAACAUAUACCACCAUAUCUGACGAGAUAAAACAAUCAGUGGACCGUAAUUGGCGAAUUCUACAGAAUGAUACCAGUUUACCACCUCAAUUUAAACAGCGCCCAAUGAUGUGUUACCGUAGGGGCAGCAAUUUGAGGGACCUACUGGUUAAAACUGACCCCAUACAUUGUUAUAGCAAACCUACUACCUACCAGAACCUGGGGUGUCACAGAUGUUUGGGCUGCGUGACAUGCAGCCACAUGAUCCCCAGUAAAUCAUUUGUACAUCCACACACUGGAAAAAAAUACCCCAUAAAACAUAGACUAACUUGCACAAGUGACUUUGUGGUAUACAAAUUGGGGUGUCCUUGCGGUUUGAUGUAUGUGGGGAAAACUGAUCUACCACUACGAGAGAGAAUUCGCAACCACCGUUCAAGUAUACGUACAGCCUAUAGAGACAAUGGGUCAGAACAGCCGGUGGCGAAACAUUUUUUGGAGAAAAAUCACCCCUUACCAGCAAUGAAGUUUCUGGCUAUUGAUCACAUCCCACCACCCCUAAGAGGUGGCGACCGUAAGAAGCUCCUACUACAAAGAGAACUUUAUUGGAUCCGAACACUGGAUACUGUGCAACCCAGAGGACUAAACGAAAAAUAUACUCUAGGUAUAUUCUUAUGAUAUAUCUCCAGGACUGGACCAAAAAUAUUCUCUCAUUUUAAUGCUCCAAAAAUGUUUUUGUGUAUAUAUAUUGGACUCUAAGAAUUAACCACCUCUGUAUAUUAGUUUAUAGCCUGUAUGUUCUUUAUGUAUGCGUAUUAUACUGUGGACCGAUGAGCGCACUAAAGUUUGACACAUUACCAUUGGACAGCACCGACAUUAUAUGUAUUCCUUGCACAUAUAAAUGACAAUGGUCUGUCUAGACACACGUCCCCGCAGGAACUUUAGAAUCACCACUACUCUUUUUAUGACAGUGUAUUAUUAUUUAACACAUUUAUGGGUCAUGCUCUAUCCAUGGUUGAAGUACUAACCUUGGAUAUAACAUUAUCCAUGUAUGAUUAUGCCAUAAGGGCUGACUUAUUAUACAGCUACCCUGGGAAUAAUAAACCCAGCGUGCCCUUUGUAUCUAUUCAAGGGCUUAUUGUUUACUCCUUGUCUAUUUAUUCAUUCAAUAUCAGACAUUAUGACAUCUAUUUAUUCAUUCAAUAUCAGACAUUAUGACAUCUCCUUGUCUAUUUAUUCAUUCAAUAUCAGACAUUAUGACAUCUAGCUCCUGCUAUGCUACACUACAUACAUGUAGUCAGCAUCUGUAAUAUAGCCCUGAUUCCACUCUAUAUCCAGCCUCAGACCCUGCUAUUUGCAAGUUAACCUAGAGGUAUUCUAUAUAGGUCACUUUCCCAGCCCUCUAUGGUCACACAAUAGCUUUGUUUUAGACCUACUUCUUUGCCAUGUUUUUGACAUGGAAGUCACAAUGUAGUGUCCUUUAUGUCUGUGCUCUCUACCCCUGUUAGCAGAUUAUCCCUCUGCCAUCUAUCCUUUAAACCAGUGAGGCAUCACAAGUAUGCAGAGAGAGGAUCCCUCCCCCAUACCAGACACCCGCCCUCUGUGCACUGAGUACACUCUACAGAUCGGACCAUAGCCACGCCCACCUGAUGCCCGCCCCGCCCACCUCCACACGAGCAGUUUGGUUACCAUAACGAUAUGGUAAUACAGACAGCCUUUGGCUCCAGCUAUUGCCAGCAUUAUGAGGUUACACAGCAGCACAUCCCAGCUGCUGAAUACAUUUCCAGGGGUUAAUUUUACCCGCGUUUUUUGGCAAUCACCAUGGGGACCACACAGGGAUUGGGGUAAGCUACACCUGUUUUGCAUGUUAUGUACUUAUUUGUUUUUAUAUAUUAAUGUUGGUUUGUGUAAUGCACCUUAUCCUGAUGAAAGUUCUGUAUUAAGAACUGAAACGUCGAUUGUGUGUGGCAGUUGCUGAAUAAAAGCUAAGUUUUUUUCACCAUUUACUUUUUGAAGUCCUUAGAGUGCUGUUACCUACCAUUUUUAUUUUUAUGUUAUUUGCUUUAUUAGCACCAGGCAUUAAUCUAUCUCUACAGGAGUGCAAGUAUUUGAAUAUUUUAUAUAUAUAUAUAUAUAUAUAUAUAUUAUAAUUUUUUUUAAAGAGAGCGAGAACAAAAGGUCAGGGUUUGAAGGUAAAAAUUUGAAUACUCAUGUAAGUAACAGAAUUACUGAAAGUGUAAUAAACACUGUGAAUAGUCACCCAGUGGAAAAGGAUAACAGUGAUGUAGAAAUUGAAGCAGAUACCCUUAAGCGAUUCCACUGAAACUUUCAAGGACUCACAGUGAAAUUGAACCGUAGUAGAUACCUGGAAUAGCUUUCUGGUGAUAGCAGUAAAGGCUAACUGUGAUCUAGAACAGUUAUUUUCUGUAAUGACCCUCUAAUUAGAACCGUAAACAAAUAUAAUAAAACGUGGAGCUGUUAAAAAGUAUUCUUUGCUUGUUUCUUUGUAGCUAACUAUGCCAAGCCCAAUGCCAGAGUAUUUGAAUGUGCACUAUAUCUGUGAAUCCGCUUCCCGUCUGCUUUUCCUUUCCAUGCACUGGGCCAGGUCUAUUCCAGCCUUCCAAGCCCUGGGGUAAGUAGAUGCCUUUCCUGCCUGGAAAAUACUCCUCAAUGUGUCAUAAACCGAGCAGCUUGUGACUUCCAUUAGUUUUGCUGAAUACAUCAUGGACACCUCAAAAGGUGUAUUUUUGUGGCCACAUCACUCUAACCAUUAAAGGGAUACAGUAGUCACCAAAACAACUUAAUGAAGCAGUGGUUUCAUUUUCAAACAGAUGUAACUUAAUUAAAAAUAUAUAUAAAUUUUUUUAUCUCCUACUUUGUAAAUUGAACUUUAGUCAGAUACAGGAGGCUCCUGUAGGGUUUAGGAAGCUAUUAGCAGAGCAGGAAAUAAGAAAUUUUAAAUUAAACAGAAUUAGAAAUAAAUAAAGUGUAAACAUUAGAUGACUCUUUACAGGAAGUGUUUAGGAAGGCUGUGCAAGUCACAUGCAGGGAGGUGUGACUAGGGCUGCAUAAACAAAGUGAUUUAACUCCUAAAUAGCAGAUGAUUAAGCAGUGAGACAGCAGGGGAAUGAUCUAUACACCAAAACUGCCUUAUUAAGCAUACAUUGUUUUUUUGACUAUAGUGUCCAUUUAAACCCUUAAGGACCAAACUUCUGUAAUAAAUGGGAAUCAUGACGUCACACAUGUCAUGUAUCCUUAAGGGGUUAAAGAAUCAUGGAGUGAUGACACGGUAUUAACCCGAUUCUGACAGCUAAAUCUGUAUUUCUUCUUUGAGCAUGGAUCUCUUGUUGGUACUCUGUAAUAACACACUUUCAUCUCUAUCCAGACAGGAUUGCAACACAAGCCUUGUCCGUGCCUGUUGGAAUGAGCUGUUUACUCUAGGACUUGCGCAGUGUGCACAAGUCAUGAGUCUUUCCACUAUUUUAGCCGCUGUUGUCAACCAUCUACAAAACAACAUUCAAGAGGGUAAAUUUGUGUCUAUUUCAUCUCUUAUCUUUAUUGUCAGUUAUACAUAUUCACUUACAAAUAAACAUCAACAGAAUAGCAUUUCACAUAAUUAAGACAUUGGGUGAAAAGAACCUAAAUUAAUUAUUCUUCCGGGUAUUUACACUUGCACUUGUAUUUCAUGCCCCAUGUGUGGAGAGCAUAUUUGUGUGUGUGUGUAUGCCAAUUAUAUAUAAAACAUAAUAUAAAUAUAUAUUGCCACUUAUCCAAAGGCCAUUGGCGGGUGAAAAUUCAGCUCUGGCAAGUAAAAAAUGGGAUCUCCAGGUUUUUACACUGUUCUAUUAGAAUAGGACUUAAGGGGAACGGGGGGGUGAUUAAUUUGUGUGUAUGUAUGUAUGAAUAUACACACACUACUUUUACUUUAUCCUUUCAAGCUAACUACUACACAAUAUUGGCCUUGAUUUUAUUAUUUUUUUUGGAUAUGCUUUUCAAAUUAUUUCAUUAUUAUUAUUUUUAUUUUAUUUUUUUAUUCUUUAUUUUGUUCGUGCGUGUGUUGAACAUGUGGCGUAGCAGUGCCACUACAGCUAUACAUUUCCCUUUUAAACAUAUGGCAUUAAAUACAUACAUUGCACUUUUUAUGUGUUAAUAGGGUAAGUACGCAGGGAUGUCUUUCGUUUUAUAUAGUUAACGCUAGACGUAGAAAAAUCAGUGCUUAGUCGGUUUGUCUCUGAGCUGGGCUAAAAACUGUCAGUCAGACCACUUGUUAUGUUUUUGUAUGGCUAUGCUGGGUAGCUGGUUAGAGGCUGGUGUUGUUACGUCGAUUCUAUGGGGUUUCGUGUGUGUCAGGCUAUUUAGGGUGGCGUGAUCUCAUUGCGGUGUGUAUUUCUGUGUGCCAAAUUAGUUCAUAUUUUAAUCAAUUUUUAUAUAUUGAUAUUUUGAAAAAAAUCUUGUGAAAAUUGUAUCCAAAAAUAGUAAACGAAGGCCAUAAUUUGAAAAGUUUUAAUACAAGAUAUAGGCAGCUUGCGGUAACUAAUUUAUCUUUUUUUUUUUUUUUUUUAAGACCUCCAAGUGACAGGUCCACUUAGUUUGUUGUAUAAGAUUUCUUAGGAAAGUGGGGAAAAAAAGCUGUUUUAUUAUGCUUUUUCAAGUGCAUGAUGUUUUCCUACUUAAUGAAAGUCCAUUUCAUAACAUGCCAUUGUGUGACUCUAAUUUCCUGUGCAGACAAACUUUCUGGGGAGAGAAUAAAGCAAGUAAUGGAGCACAUCUGGAAACUACAGGAGUUCUGCAAUAGCAUGACCAAGCUAGAUAUUGAUGGAUAUGAAUAUGCGUACCUGAAAGCUGUGGUUCUCUUCAGCCCAGGUUAGAAACGGUCUUUCAUUGGUGUGUGUCUUUUUUCGCUUUUGGCUAUGUGAACAUUGUCGGAGCUCCAGGGUAAAAAACAAAACAAAAACGUAUAUUAUUUAUUCUCACAUAAAAAUAUUUGAUUUAAAUCUGAGAAGACAAGGCCAAAGGUGUUUGAGCACCUCAUUGUAACAGCUGCUACAACAGACAGGAUGUGGAAGCCCCCAAGAUCACAGAAAAGGUCCACUUUGCUAGGGAUGUUUCUUCAGCCCUUCUCUUUCCCCUUACUCAUCCACUAAUUAAGUCCAGACCAGUCCACUAAUACAGGACACCAUUGUUCAGCAGCAGUAAGCUCUUCAUUAUCCCUGCACUGACUAACACAACAGGUAGAGAGAAAGCAGUCACCACAGCCUGCUCUGAUUGAAGCACACUGAUCAAACUUUCUCUUUUAUAUCCAUGUCAGCAUGUUGCAAGGUGAAGAGAUCUUCCAACUGCAUGUGUGAUUCUGUUAGGCAUGCCCAAUGCACUUUUCCGUCGUUCCUAGGGAUAGAACACUGGUUAUUGAAGGGUUUUAUCAAAAUGCAGACAAGAUCUCCAUGCACAAAGCUAUAUGGUCAAACUGGAACGAAAUCUCUAUAUCAAAUACAGUUGAUAUUUCCUGAAUAAUAAAUGCCAUGUAAGUUAAUCUGCCAAUUAGGGAAGGGGUUUUACAGAACUACUGGUAACUCAUUUUUUUGUUUAAGAUUAUAUGACCAAACUGAAUUUGAACUGUUAAAAUGUAUAUUGCUUCCCUGGGUUGAGACUGAACAUUGUACUAAAUGCAUAUCCCUCUCCCCCUACCCCACUGUACUCUUCCUCUCCCCCCCACCCCUGCUCCCUCUCUCCCAAAAGAAAAAAUAUGGCACGUAGAAAUAAAAUGCAAGGGCUUGCAAGACACAGCAAGGGAUUUGUUGAUGCACAUAAUGGAUUAAAUAGGAACAAAUAGCUUAGAAAUUGAACAAAACACUUUUUAUACAUAACCCAUAUUGUAUCAACUUGCACUGCCUGUGAGUUUGGAAAACUGCUGGAAAUUGUCUUUCUUUUUUUCUACUUAUUACAGGGUUUUUCGCUAAAGAAACAUUGUAUGGGAUUCAAAGUAAAUUUACACUUUAAUGCCAAAAUACCCAAACUGAAAAAAUUCAGUCCAGCUUUUCACUUUAAAUUCUCACCAUUGUGAAUUAUCUUGUGUGUGUCUAAAGGGUUACUCCAAGCACCAUGACUACUUCAGUGAUUAAAGUGACCAUAGUGCAUUGAGUGUGUAGGUGCAGUGUUUUGCUAUGAAACACUGCACAUUGAGUUUAAACACUUUCCUGUUGAAGGUGUCACUCAACCUCUGGCAGGUUCAUUGAGGCAUCAUUUGCCAACAUGGCAAGAUUCUAUAGUGACAGUUCGCAUUAGGGGGGUUGGUUUUGCCUUUAUGAUGAGAAAAUAUAUUUGUUUGUUUACUAAAUAUCAUUGAGAGACUGCCUUUAUGGAUCAUACAGAUCAUCCUGGACUGUCCAGUACACCGCAGAUCGAAAAGUUUCAAGAGAAGGCACAAAUGGAGCUUCAGGACUAUGUGCAAAAAACUUAUCCAGAUGACACAUACAGGUAACUGAACUCUUCACAAAAGGGCAAGUAGGGGGAGGAUGUGAUUUCCAGCAUUGUAUCAGGGAUGGUUACACCAUGGAAAGAUAUGGGCCCAGCAACCCCUUUUGUUAUUUAAAUUCUUUUAUUGAAGCAAAAUAAAAUAAUAAAAAGUUAGUUAUUUGGGAUAUUAUCGCCUACAUGGGAGAUGGCAUACUUAACUCCUGAGUCACUUAAUGUUUCUUAUGGCAAUAGAUAGGUUUUUAAUAGGGCACCCUAAGCAACAAAACCAAUACAUCUCAAAGGAACACUUCAAUGCCCAAGUAUAAAAAAAAAACUGUUUAGUAGAUAUAACCAAAGGAUAAUAAGUAUGCAUUUAAUUUGUGUUUUUCUUUUUUUCAUUGGGAGUAUAUAAAAAAACAGCUUGCAAAAGUUGCAGAUCUUAUGUCUGCUGCCUUUACAAGCCUCCCCACCCCUUCUAAUCCCGACCCAGACUUUCUGUCAGUGUCCAAUCACAGACUUUCCAAUGCAGAUCAAUGAGAAGUCUUUGCCAGGCAGGUGUUCUGGGCACUAGCCUGCCUCUUGAGUUUAGCUCCACAACCAACUAAACAAUAAGAAAGUAACAGGACAGGUUUUCCGUAACAAGGUUAAGUGCUAAUUUCUACUGAACUCUGGACGUUUUGAAAAAUGACAAGAGGACACGCUCUUCACACAAAAAAGCACUUCCGCAAACUAAACCAAUUUAAGGGUCUGGAUUAUCCCUUUAAUGUAGUCGGUUUUUGUGCGUAGAUGCUGUCCCAUUACUUGUACAGUGUCAAAUGUAUCUAAUUCUGAGAAAUGUCAAUGUUCAAGAGAAUGCCUCUGGUCAGGCACACAGCAUUAGAGGCAGUACCUACUUCAAAUAUUACUCCAGUAAGAAAACAAAUAUAUAUACCUCCAAUUAGGUCAUCAAUCCUGAUGACUUUUAGAAGGUUUUCAUGUUCCAUGCCAUCACCAGUGGCGUACAUACCAUGGUCCCAGCUGCGACCAGGCCCAUCACUCCAGGGGGCCCUGCAACCGGGUACCCGCCGCCAUCUUUUGUGGCCACCGCCCGUGCGGCAAACCGCCGGGGCCACCAACAUGGGGUCCAUCGGGUGGCCCGUGCUGUUAGGGCCACCCGAGGGAGAUGGAUUCUCAGGGGGCCCGGUCAGUGCUGCAGCACUUUAACAGCGCGACCGGGCCCCCUCUGAUGAGAUCACACGCUGGGAGGAAGUGAUUGCCCUGGUCACUCCUCCCAGCAAUCACACAGAGCCUGAACGGGAGGAAGCAGAGGAGGGAGUCAGAGUGGGACUCCCAUCAACCUGAGCCACCACUGGACCCCAGGGAAAGUCACUCUCCUGCACCUAAAAGGUAGGGAACAGGAGGAUGACUUAAACAUUUUCUGUGUGUGUCUUUGUAUGUGUCUGUCUGUAUGUAUCUGUCUUUGUGUGUGUGUAUAUGUGUCUAUAUAUCUGUCUGUAUAUGUGUGUGCGUCUCUAUGUGUGUGCGUCUGUCCGGGGGGGGGCACAGAUCAGUUUUGCAUCGGGGCCCCAUGGAUUGUGUGUAUGCCACUGGUCAUCACAUAUCGCAUAAUGCGGCUAAGGCUUUUCUAUGAAAAGUAAAUGAUUGAAGAAAAAUAAUCAGGAUUGAUGACCUCAUUGGAGGUAGAGCAGCUGAUGGAAGAAUACUGUCCUGGCUUUGGAAUAAAGGUACGUUUUUAUAGAGUUUUCUAGUUUAGAGUUAUUUAUUUAUUUAAAUGGGGAUCCCAUAAUCUAAAAUAAAGAAGCUUGUCUAAUUAUUAGCUACUUAUAAACAGAAUACCAAUUCCUUUAGAGGGCUACUAUCUAGGUUCUCUGUACCAAAUUAAACUUUCUCACUGUGGUUACAAUGAAAGAACUUCACAGCUCCAUUAAAACUCAGUUUAUGCCUUUAGCCUGGCUAGCCAACCGUGUAAAACGGCAUUUAUCUGCAGAGAUAAACACCAAUUUUGCAACAAGCAGGAUGCAUUGUGGUUUUAGCAUUUGCUCCUGUCUAGAAGAAAUUCUUAGAAUAAAAAAAAAAAAUCUCCUCCACCUCUUGCAAUAUGUCUCUACAAAACAAUGUCCCAAAUGACCAUUGCCAGAAGAUCUCACAGAAAGCCUUCCAGUGAUUUUGUACACAGUGGCCAUUUAUAGCACUCUUUCAUUCUCAUACUUAGCUAAUGUUUUUUUCACGUCCACUCCAGGCUGGCACGAAUCUUAGUGCGGCUCCCGGCCCUACGACUCAUGAACUCCAGCAUCACAGAAGAACUUUUUUUUACUGGCCUCAUUGGGAACGUUCCCAUCGACAGCAUAAUCCCUUAUAUCCUCAAGAUGGAGACGGCAGAAUACAAUGGGCAGAUUACGGGGACCAGCGUAUAACCCGAGCCAAUGCACUUAAAGCACUUGUAAGUGCACCCUAUUAGGGAGCAAGAAAAAACAAAAACAUUUUGGGGAACAUGCACUUAUGCUUCAAUCCAGUGUAAAUGAUAACAUUUUCUUUCUCCAUCUGGAGGUUUGAAUAGCCUCCUGUUUUAUCCACUACCUGGAAAGAAACAAAACGUUAACAGCCAUAACCAGAAGACUAGAUUGGAGCUCGUCUGUUACGUUGUAUUUUUGUCUACAUUUCGAUGAAGACUUUAACAUGUUUUUGUAGUGUAAGAAAAUCAGUUGCCAGUGAAGGCAGAUUGUACCAUCGAAUCACUUGCCAAAAAAAAUUGGUAUUGGCCAGGUAAUCCAAACAAGGUAACUACCCUGUAAUACUAACUUUUUCCUCUCCAUGAUUUUAUAUUUAUUUAUGUGUUAUGUGUGUGUAUAUAUAUCAUGAUUUUAUGUAUCUCGUCAGGCGUAACUUACUAGUCUUGGUACUUGUUCACUUACUGUGUGAUAUUUUAUAAAGGUGCCUGAUGAGAUGUCCCUUUUUUUUUUUUUUUUUUUCCAAGACAAAACUUUGAAGUAGAUGACUGACUUCUUAAUACUGUGUUGCUUUAUCCAAUACUUUAAUUGGGGAGAGAAAGGAUUCAGUUCUAAAAUAAAUAUUCGAUAUAUUUAAAUCCGUUAAAAUAGAAAUUCACCUUUCCUAUGGUAUGCAUAUAAAAUAAUAGCUUUUAGCCCCUUCCCUUAUUAAUGUAUACUUGUUUUUGUGUAUUUGCGUUUCCUUAAAUUUAAUAUGGCUUGCCCUCAAACGUAAAAUUUGAGCACCCACAGUCCGGACCGGUGUGUCUUUGUUAAUAAAUGGCCAGGAUUCAGCCUGAGGCCUUACUGUAGCUUUUGAAGACAAUACAUUCCUAGUUAGGAGCUUUUGAUGAAAAUGGCAUUAAGGAGGGUUCUGUCCACGGAGUCUCUUUUUCCAAUCUUGUUCUGUUUCUCAUAAUUUGAAGCACUUUCCUAUGACUCCUCCCAGUGCCAUUAUGCCCCAUGAAAGCCCCUCUUUUUGUCAUUGGAGCUUUUGGCUCCAUAUCACAAUAGUGCAUAACGAUGCAGCAGACAAUCAGGUAACUGUAUAGAUUGGGAACAAGCCAGAGGCAUCUUCAUAUGUGGACACUUGGUUUGUGUUCCAGCUUCUAGGAUAUCAUAGGUGCAAAGUAUGACAGUGCACUAGAAGUAAAAACUCUUCAUACUUCAUAUAUUCAUUACUGUCACUCUUGUCACUUGAAUUUUUCUUUACAUAACAAACAAUAUAAAGUAAUAUUUCAUGCAACCAGUUUCCCUUACUUGAGCUGAGAAGAGACUUUCAGAUAAAAGGCUGCUGGCAGCUAGUCAGAAAAUAUGAAGUCAUUAGUUGAGCUGGUUAAAUUAUCGCAUUCUGCUGUGCAGCAUAGAGGGAGUUUAAGAACUGCCUGGUGAUUCAGAGUUCUCACUAUGCCCAAUGAAGUAUGACAAGAAGUUUGUGAACAUUAAAAUUGUUUGCUUUUAAUAGCAGCUGCUGAGCAGCUAAAAAAAAUCAACAAAAAAAAUUAUACAGUUUAAAAACUGUUCCAUUCUAAUGUAUAGAACAUUUCAGAUGUAAGAGUCACUUUAAUUCUAAGAGCUCCAGAUUUUUGUUUGGCACGUUAUUAUAGAUUUCUCUCCUCUCUUUCAACCUUUGGGAUUCCAAAAGGUUAAACUUUUGCCUGUGUGAUGUUUGAGAGAUACUCCUAAAAAGAAAGAAAAUUGUAUAAAAAGAAAAAUAUCUACAUUUCAAGUUUUUAAAUGUUUUUUGCCUCAACAUUUUGCUGUAAAAUGUGUAAUUGUUGAAUACUCCAAGCACUUGCAAUUUAUAUUUAUGACUUUCAGUUAUGUUUAAAUGCUCUUGUUAUUAUUAUGCAUUGUUUUUUAUUAUAGUUUUCCUUAGAACUGUAUCAACGUUCCCAGAGCACGCCAUUACAUUUUCACUGAUGGACAAAGACUUAAUACUUUGAGUGCCGGUUGGGUAAUGCCACUACAUUCUUUGGCACCCAUUGGUUUGGUUAUUGGGAUGAAAAUUACUAGUCACUAGUGUGAAUGUUUGUUCAAGGAAAAGAAUACAUUUCCCAGCUGCUGUGCACAGUUCUUCCCAUAAUUCUUAGCAUUAUGGGAACUUUUGCUUGCAGUGGCACAGAGACCCAGAGGCUGCCUUAUCCUUGUUUUAUGGCAUAUAACCUUACUGAAAGGUUUACAUUGUCUUUACUCAUCCAUAGAAUUUAAUCCUCAAAUCGUGUAUUUGGCACUUUAGAAUGAGCCUAUUAGGUUACAUUUUAUGUGUGUUUCCUAUGGAAAGAAGCCUGAAGAAAGCACUCCUUAAUAAACCCUUUCCUGCACUUUCCCUUUGGAGAUAUGCUGCAAACACCCAUUUUUCUACAUAUCUCGUACAGCAGGGGUAGGCAACCUUUUGGCACUACAGAUGUGUCAUGAGAGAUGCCCUAUACAUCAUCUGGAGUGCAAAAUGUUGCCUACCCUUGUCCUAGAGUGUGUACGUACAUAGAUGUGUGUGAUAUAGAUUGGUGCUAAUCCAUCACUCCAUUCUAUCUGACUCUACAAACAAGUGAAUUGAUUGGGAUAGUCUUUCCAAACCAUUAUUGCAUAUUAACAUUGUUAUUUACUAAGAUAAGGAUGCAAAGUUAAUUUCAAAUUAAAGUUCAUAGUAACCAAACUGACAGCAUACCUAACUAAGAGAAUUUUUCCAGUAUGGCUAUGUGACCUUAAAGGGACACCAGGUGCUAGAACCACUACAGCUUAAUGUAAAGGUUCUGGGCCAAAGAUACUAAACUGCCUUUUCCGAGAAAAGGCAGAACUUGCAUUACUGUCUAAUGCUACUUCUAGUGUCUGUCACUCAGACUUACUGGAUGUGAUUCUGCCAAGAUUGCUCUGCAUAGAGACGCUUUCCCCAUAGUGAUGUAUUCUCCCCUAAUUGCUUCUCUAUGGAGAAACAUUAGAUUGGAUGAGAGCCAUACUCUAAAAAGCUUUUAAAACACUCUAGUGUUAAGUAUACAAACAUGUAUUCCUAAUGCUAGUGUUCCAUUAAAUUUGAAAUUCACUUUGAAUUCUUACUGUAAUUAAUAAAUCUGUAAAUCUCCAGCCUGGAUUGUCUUUGGGACACCGUUCAAAUGAUGCCAGAGUCGGCCAAUGAUAAUAACUGAUAAUGAUGUAUGUUGUGAUCCUAUCAUGUACUGGUACCCUUUACUUUGGGCAAUAAAUGAAUUUUAGUGGCCUUGGGGAACAACUGCCCCUGCCAGUUCUCACCUGUGUAAAAUGCUCACUUUGUAUAAAAUGAGUCAGAUGUAUUUUUAUUAUGUGUGAUUGGAAAUCUGACAUUAAAUCAUUGCAUAUAGUCAGACAAAUUAUUGCUAACUAAUACGUCUCAUGGCAACAAACUGUAAAUGUUAAAGGGACACUAUAGUCACCUGAACAACUUUAGCUUAAUGAGGUUGUUCAGGUGAGAACUAUAGCUCCCUGCAAUCUUGAGAAAAUACAGUGUUUACAUUGCAAGCUAGGAACACCUCCAGUUGCAGUCACUCAGAGUGAACCAGAGGGACUUCGGAGUUGAUAGAGGCAUAAUAUGCCUCCAUCCACUCAGAUCUGCUGUCAGCAGAGCACAGGGCAGUAAUGUGCACAGCAUCCUGUGAUUCAGUAUCUCCUCCCUCUGCAUGCAGACACUGAACUUUCCUCAUAGGGAUUAAUUGAUUCAAUUAAUCUCUUUGAGGAGAUGCUGAUUGGCCAGGGCUGUGUUUGAAUCAUGCUGGCUCUGCCGCAAUCUGCCUCUUUGUCAGUCUCAGCCAAUCCUAUGGGGAAGCAUUGUGAUUGGAUCAGGCUACCACAUGUCAGCAGACUGUUUGUUUGUUUUUCUGAGUCUAACAGCAUGCAGAUUUACAGCUUCAGGCUUGAAUACAGUAAUAUUUUUACUAUAUUUAUGGAGGCAUGAGGGGCCCAGGGGGGCUAGAUGGUGGUGUUAACACUAUAGGGUCGGGAAUACAUGUUUGUAUUCCUGACCCUAUAGUGAUCCUUUAAUAAAAGGUUAUGCUUGAAAACCUAUACAAUAAGUAUCAUUGACAUCCAGUAUCCUUAUGAUGCUUCACAUUGGAAAACUUUAGCGUUUUCCAUUAUUAUUAUUUUCUUCUAGUGUCCUUUAUCUGCCUGUCUCAAGUACACAACUUGGUUCUCUGUGUUGGCGGGGGGGCAAGCCAGGGCUCAAAAUUUCCACUGUCUCACUAGCAUGUCGUAAUUGAAAAUUUAGCUCUGGUAAAUAAAAAUGUUUCCCUGGUAGGUGCGACAUGGACCCUUCACUAACUUUUAGCCCUGUCUAGUAGCAUAGGACUUGUAAUUUUCAUACAUGGCAAUUAUAAUUUCAGUAUAUAAGGCUUUUCAAGCAGAUUACCUAUGGCUCCUGCAGUAUAUAUCCAUUAAUGCCCUUUAUUGAGCCCCCUUCACUCACACUGGCACAAUAGUAAAUUGAAUUAUAGCAAAUUCCUGGUCUUGUGUCUGUAACAAGAGGCUCGUGAGGCUGGCGAUGGUUCUGCACAACUAAUCUGAAUAUCAUCAGUUUGCUCAGGUGUCAUUAGGCAUAACAGAAAUGUUUCUGUCCCUUCUACAUGUUUGGGUUUGUUUGUGCAUGAUUUGAGGUGGCAAGUGAACUUUGUUCUUGAGGUGGCUUUCACUGGUAACAAAUCUAAGAUAUUGGUGAAGAUUUACGUGUCACUUAUAGAAAAGUGCUUAGACUGCAGAAAUCACCAUAGAAACCAGUCAAAUAUUCCUACUAAUUGCUUUUAGACGUUUGACAUAUUUUUCUAUUACUGACACUUUUAAUGCCCCAUCAAAAACAUGGACUGCAUCUUGAGCUAUAUACUGUUUCAACCAAUCAGUAGUUUUAUGAUUAUAUAUAUCUAUCUCUCUCUCUCUCUCU